AGGCAGGCAGGCAGGCAGGCAGGCGGAAGCCUGGCAUGCAUGUCACGUCCACCCUGCUUGUUUGGUGGGGAGGGGGGGAAGAGGGCUGGGAGCUCGGCAGUAUGAUAAUGACUCUAGCGUCUGGCAGGAGAAAAGCCCCUGACUGCACCAGGGUGUCUGUACCGCCGCUUCAAGGAGAAUGAGGCAAGAUGGCUGCUUGGUAGCGAUGGAGGAGGCUCGCUGGGGCUGAAGGAAGGCUGGCUUCUGGGGGGAGGCGAGCUGGCUGGGAGGCAGCAAAGGGAAGCGGGCCAGCAGAGUGGGAAGCUGCAGAAGGAAGGUUUGGGGCGAGGUAACAAAUGGAUUCCUUUCUUAUGUUUAUGUUCAAAGACCUUUAAAAAAAUAAAUGCAAGCCUCCCGCACCAUCCCUUCCUCCUCCUCCUCCGCCUGAGAGGAUUAUUGUAAAUGGAGGAUGAACAUUUAAAUAACCCACCACAGGCCUGGCAAAUUAAAGCUCUCUUGCAUCUUGCUGGAUACCUUGUUGUUGUUGUUUUGCUUCGGCUGCUUUCUAAAAUUUAGUUUUGAUAGUUGUUGUUUUCUUUCUUUCUUUUUCUUUUUAAAAAAUUCCUCUGCAGGUGGAAAUAAAGGACAAUAAAGACACCAGCACACGGGAUCGAAAGCCAGCGGUGGAGGUACUGUUUCUUUGUAUACUUUUAAAAAGACAAAAGCACUGAAGGGGGAUUUGGAAGUGGAAGUACGGCCAACUGUGAAAGCUGAUUGUGUGUGUGUGUGUGUGUGUGUGUAAAAUAUUGCACUAAAUGAUACACACACACACACACACCUCCUGGUUGUCAGUUUCUGAGGCUUGCUUCUCAUCCACAGUUGGUGUGUAUGUGUUGCUUUUCUUGGAGUUCCUUUGGCGUUCCUUUGCAUCCAAAGAGCAUCCAAAAGGUGCCCCUGCUUUAUGACAGGCAAGCCAUGAUUUCUCUCUCUCCCUGUUCCCUAGAUCUCUGUAUGAGCUCGUAAAAUUAUCAAAGGAGACGAGACUCUUUGAAACAGGUGUGACAUCAUCCUGAUGUAACCAUGGUGACUGUCUUAACCUUUCUGUGAUGUGGCUUGAAGUGACCGCUUGGUAGCGAUGGUGCAAAACAGGAACUUUCCCUCUCCUAAUUUUGGGGAGGUAUCAAAAAGGGGGAAAGCAGGUGAGCAGUUUGAUCAUGUGCUUGUUCAGGACAAGGCCAGUUUCUGCCUCCUGUUAUGUUGAUCUUUGUGAAGAGCAACUUGACAACUGAAGAGCUUAUUUUCCAUGUGCCCCCAGCAGAAUCUGGUCUCAUGGGCUGCUCCAGAUCUGAGAGCUGCUUGUGGGAAAAUCCCUAAGAGGAGGCAGUUAUGGUGAUGAUGAAACACCAAGCUCAGCAUUGCAGCUUGUGGCGGUUGGGUGUUCUUGGUAGAUAUGAGAGGGAGGGGAAAGUGAGUUGGAGAGGCUGACUUUUCUGACUGGUCUGAUAGAAGGUCGCACAACCAUCCUAAGAUUUGGCAAUAGUUGCCAUCCUACCAACCGCAGGUGAUAUGUGGGUUGCAUUUCUCUAUUUCCUGUUAUCCACAGUUUUGUCCUUUCCCAGGCUGUCCUUACACUACACACUCAGGUUCCCCUUGAGUUUGGUUUAUUAAAUUUCCUAGACACUUUAUUCUAGAGAAAGGCUCAAGGUGUCUUACAAUUUAAAUAUGCAAAGGUUAGAAACAAAACCGUAUGGCUGAAUUCCCAGGACUUACUUAAUAUUUUCUUAUGAAACAAUAUGAAUCUUCCUUUCAUUGGCCACUUAUUGCCAGCAGCUAGGCUGGUAUUCUGAAGAUACUGGAAAUUUCUGGAGGGAACGGCAAUAACCACAUGGUAUAAGGAAGUUUGCCAGUUAGCACUUGUGAAAAAUAUCUGACUAAAAAGUUAUAAUUAGUGAGGGGUUUGAAACAAAAGGACAUAUUUUCAAUGGAUCGGUGCGCCUUUACUAAAGAAGACAUGCUGGAGUCUCCUUCACACUGCAAAAGUGUUGGUUGGUAUAACUUUAAGCUAUAAUCUGUUCUGAUAUGUAAUGGGCACUGACAUCAGAGUACUCUGUAACCACGUAUCCUGGGGCACUUUGGGGAGGUGUUCUUAUAUUGCUCUUUGUUGACCUGUAACGUAAGAAAAAUGUAAUCACCUCAUUUGCUGAGGAUGAAAAGGUAAAAUAGAGCUGUGUGUUGUCUGUGCACUGAUGACAGAACAUCCCAAGCCUCUUGAUGACCCCACUCAAUGGUUUCAUGCAGAUGUUAAAUAACAUGGGGAAUAUCAUAUUGGGGAAUCGGUGGUGCCGAGCAAUAUCCCCUCAGCACUACCAGCUGGAGCUACCCAUUCAAGUAGGAGUGGGACCAGUGCAAAGCAGUGUCCACCCUCCCAAAUUUUAUAGUCCCUGCUGAAGGAUAUAAUGGUUGAUGGUAUGGAAAGCUGCUGACAGAUCAAGGAGAACCAACAGGGUCAGAUUCCCCUGGCCCUCUCCUGGUACAAGGUGGCCAAAGCAGUCUCUAUGCCAAAACAAGGCCUCUUCCCCAAUUGAAAUGGCUCCAGAAAAUUGGCUGGUUCAAGGAAGGGGGAACUUGCCUAUGUCCUAAAGUUAUUAAAGUCUUCCAGGGAGGGUGUCACUGCCUCUUUUAGGUAGCCUAGGACCUCUCCCUCCCACAAGGAGACAUUGAGCCAUCACCUCCUGGCUGGAUUUUAAUGAGCCACAAGACACAAGGAUGCAAUACACAAGUAAUUGCAUGAACAAGAAUUGCACUUUGUCCUUGGGCUUCAACCAGCAGAAAUUCAUUCAAGUAAAACCAGAGAGGAGAUACUUCUCUAGAUCUCACGCUUGCUAUAAUAGCGGGAUCCACCCCUAGUACAUGCAAGCAGCUUUAUCCGCAAAAUAUCUUACAGAUAUGGUACAGUGGGCACUAUUCAGCCUCCUUGCAUCUCCAAACUACCUGGAAAAGUUCGUGCUGGAUGGCAUAAAGAAGAUGCAGUAGAGGUGGAAAAGAGGGUUUUUCCAUCACCUCCAUUGCAACUGAAUGGGCAUGAAACAUGAACACAUACCAGUGUUUGGUUGUCUUCACUGGGAUUUCUCUCUCUCUUCCUGAGCUCAAUCUGUCUCCCAGCCUGGUUUAUCACUCUCAGACCUGGGGGAGACCAAAGAGCUUUCUGAGCUUUGCUAGACAAGGAAGCUUUCUCAGGAGCAAUUGUGUCAGCUGCUGCUCAGCUCUCUUCUGCAUUCCACGUUUCAACCAGGACUUCAACUGGAGAGCCAGCAUUGUCUGGCGGAAUAGCUCGCAGGGCCCUCUGGAAAUCCAUAUUCUCUCUUGGAGCAGAUUUUCCUUGGAACUGCAACAUCCGAAAAAGGGAGGGAGGAGGGAACCUUUCAAGAAAGAUGUCAAUGGGGUAGUCCUUGUGACACCCCCCCCCCCGGGGUGAACUCCCCUUUGCCACCCCUUUUGAGAUUGCCAGAAACACUGCCUCCCACAAGGAAAAGGACAUUGCCCCUCUGCUGGCAAUGUUCCUCUAGUGUCCUCCUCACCUUCAAGAGCAGGGCCAGAUGGAGAACAAGCACACCUGCUCUGCAGAUUGUCCUGCUGCUGCUACUCCAGCUUGCUCCUGAACUCCUCUUCAGUGGCGGAGCUUCAUGCUCUGGCACCGGGGGCGGAGAGCAGGCGAUGGUGGGGCUGGUUCACGUCCUGGGGACAUGGCGUGCUGCCUGCAGGGGCGUUAUGUGCAUCCUGGGGGCGUGGUGCCCAGCGUGGGCAGGGGGGCAGCCACGAUGGCACCCCACUGGGAUUGCGCUGCCGGGGGCGGUGCGCUCCCUUCGCACUCCUCUUCCUCCGCUAGUGCUCCUCUUACCAGCCUGUUGAGGUCGCUCCAUAGGUAUUUUCAUUAGGAGAGUCUCAUGAAUCUGUUCCAGGCCUGCUGGAGCAAAUCAUAAGACUCUCAGCUACUCAAAGGAACUUUCGGCUGGACCUAUUACCUAGACUCUCCUUCUUGAUUAAAUUGUUCCUACAGAUGAUUCUCAAACUGGUCUUUGUAUCUGCAUGUGACCCUUCGGUCGUGACUCCCUUCUUUGAGCAAUUGAUGCACACUGUUAUGUUAUGGAUCUGUUGCUUUUGUUACUGUAUCCUAUAUUUUGUACUGUGCAACAAUUUGUUUUAAAAUAGUAAUUUUAUAAGGAAAAAGUAGUCUGAUCAUAUAACACCUGACUGCUGUACAUUUCCUGGCACAGUUCAAGUGCUGUUCUAACCUAUAAAGCCUUCAAGCUUCGUACCCCGAUACGUGACAGAACAACACUUCUAACAGGUCCAGAAUCUAGAGUAAUGCACUGCCCUUUAGAACCAAUUUAAACCUCGCAGAAUAGCAAGCGAAUAUUCAGCUUACUCAGAACUCUUCAUCAGUUAGGAUGUUAAACAAAACAGGAAGCCAACAUGCGGAGGGGCCUUCUCUGCAGUGGCUCCCCGUCUGUGGAAUGCUCUCAUGGAAGUUUGCCUGGCGCCUUCAUUAUACACCUUUAGGCGCCAGGCAAAAACGUUCCUUUUUAACCAGGUCUUUGGUUGAUUUGAUUGACAUCCCUUUUAAAAUGUAGUUCUUUUUUUGGAGGGGGACACAUUCUAUUGGGUGGUUUUUAUUUUGAUUAUAUAUUUUGUGGUUUUAUAUUUUGAUUUUGUUCUGUGAAUCACCUCCAGGUAUAGGGUGCUAUAUAAAUUUAAUAAUGAUGGUGAUGAUUUGGGGGGGGGGGGGAGAGAAGCUGCGAGUGGUGUUGAACUUAGAAUGCCAGGGGAAAUUUGCAGAUGUUACUGAAUCAGGUGCUCAAGGUGUGAGGCAGAUUGUAAGGAACAACCUAGUGCUGUUAUGUUUUCUCAUUUUUGAGAGCAUAUAAAUUACAGUUUUUACUCAGGUCUAGUUUAGGCCCUAAUCACCCUAACUGGGUUCCCUUGGAAGGCAGAGUGAAAAAAGGGAAAGGGCAGUGUAGUUGUCUUCAUAUUAGCAAAUCUGGAUAUUAGUUUUUAGCUGCUAUGCUAUGGAGAAAAUCAGAUAGGAACUACGUUCAGGAACAUUGCCUAAUGGGUGGAGCACAUCCAAAGUUAACUCCCAUCUUCAGGUGGUAGACUACCAUUUCCUUGUGGUUUCAGGAUCCCUCUCGUGCAUGUCAUAUAACACUCUCAGCUUUUCUCUUUCCUUUCUCCAUUUAUAGCAUCUUGCCUGUUGAGAAGUGCUGAAUAACUCAAGGGUUUGCUCACAAUUCUGUGAUAUUUUAAUUGGUCCAUAUUAAACUCAACAUCCCUAUUGUGGAUUUUGAGUGUUUCUUUGCCGCUGUAAAAUUUCAUUAUCUGAUUGUUAUUCUGUGUUUUCAGAUUACAUCCAUAUAUGUGGGGGUUUGGGAGGGAGGAUAAUGGAAAGAAUUCUGGAAACACAAAGAUCUUUGUAUGGUAGGAAAAGCUAAGAAAUGGAGAAUUGUGAUUCCUGUUAGCUUGUGGCAGCUUGGAACACAGCAGAGUUGAAGGCAUUCCCCUUUCCUCCUCCUGUCUCCUGCCCAUCAGUCAGAAGCAGCACCUCUUAAGUAUAGUAGCAGUGCCAGUGCUUUUUUCAGCUGGAACUCACUGGAGCUCAGUUCUGGCACUUCUCAGGUGGGCUCCUUUGCUAUUAUAAGAGAAUAAAGGCCGUGUUCAUGGUGAGUUCCGGCCCCUCUUUUUCUAGAAAAAUAUCACUGAGUAGUACUGAGAAAUUCCAUCCAUGUGUAGCAGGACCUUAGAAUGCUCCCUUUGUGCAUUCUGAGCUUGGCUUUGUAUAAUUAAUGUACGUGGGGUGGGAUUCAAAGUUUGUCUAUUCCUCUGAACUUUUUUUUUUUUUAAUGAAGUAUCCUAUAUCUUACUCCAGCAUGUUUGACUGCGGCAUUUCAAAGUUAGCUGAAACCUAUUGACAGUAAUACCACUUAGCAUUUUUAGAGUGCAUUUCAAAAGUCCAAAGUGAAACACAUUCAGUAUAGUCUCAGUCACCGUUAAAAAAGCCCUGGUGGGCAGACUGAGCUCUUUACCCCCCCAUCAUAGGCUGGUGGGUAGUAGAGUUAGUUGAUGAAUAUGUGGGUGAGGUGAAAUUUGGAAUAGGAGAAUUUUCCGUUCUUCCUGGUGGCUCAUUUGCUUCUGCUUCUCUUACAUUGUCCUGUGGAAGCAACAAGUGCCCCUCCCUUUUUGCAGCAGGAGUAAGUCCAAAACAUUAAAAGACGUUCAUGAACUGUUGCAGUUAAAACCUGAAUUUACUGUACUUUGAUACAUAGCUGCCUUAUGCUUGGAGAUCUAUACACUGUAAGGCGCCCUUCUUCAAGAAGCUCAUUGCAAGCAUAGCAGUGCAAUUUGUGUAAAAUAUUGCUAUAUUAGUCUCAAACAUGAUAAUGACCAUCUGCAAUUGUUCAGUAAAGCAUGCGGUUAUAACCUGAAAAAUAUAGCUCUCCUAUGCAGUCUUAUGCUCAGUUCUGGGCAUCACAGUUCCAGAAGGAUAUUGACAAACUGGAACGUGUGCAAACAAGGGAGACCAAUAUAAUCAAGGGUCUGGAAACUUAGGAGGAACAGUUGAGAGAGUUGGGUAUGUUUAGACUGGUAAAGAGGAGACCAAGAGGAUAUAUAGCAGCUAUCUUCACAUAUCUAAAGGUCUGUAUUAUGGAACGUGCAGCAAUCUUGUUUUCUUCUGCUCGAGAGGGUAGAACCUGAUCAACGGAGUCAAAUGGUAAGAAAGGAGAUUUCAAGUAAACCAGGGUUCCUCAAACUCAGCCCUCCAGAUGUUUUGAGACGACAAUUCCCAUCAUCCCAGUACAAUUCCCAUCAUCCCAGUAUGUUUCCGAGCACAAUUCAAAGUGUUGGUGCUGACCUUUAAAGCCCUAAAUGGCCUCGGUCCAGUAUACCUGAAGGAGCGUCUCCACCCCCAUCGUUCUGCCCGGACACUGAGGUCCAGCACCAAGGGCCUUCUGGCAGUUCCCUCACUGUGAGAAGCCAAGUUACGAGAAACCAGGCAGAGAGCCUUCUCGGUAGUGGCACCCACCCUGUGGAACGCCCUCCCACCAGAUGUCAAAGAAAAAAACAACUACCAGACUUUUAGAAGACACCUGAAGGCAGCCCUGUUUAGGGAAGCUUUUAAUCUUUAAUAUACUAUUGUAUUUUAAUCUUUUGUUGGAAGCCACCCAGACUGGCUGGGGAAUAAAUAAUAAAUAAUAAUAAUAAUAAUAAUAAUAAUAAUAAUAAUAAUAAUAAUUAUCCCUGACAACUUGUCCUGCUGGCUAGGGAUCAUGGGAGUUGCAGGCCAAAAACAUCUGAAGGGCCGAGUUUGAGGAAGCCUGAACUAAACGUUAGAAGGAACUUUCUGACGGCAAGGGCUGUUCUACACUUCUAUUGUUCUAAGAUCCUAUGAUUCAUAGUAAGUGCAUGAAAUAGUCCUGAUCAAUAGAGUACUGGUAAUUGAUGUUUAAAUACAAUGCUUUGAGUUUCCAUGUAUGUUGAUUUCUAAUUGCUUGGGUAGGGCUGGGCAAUAUCUUGUCUCCAACACAGCGAUAUAUCACUAUUGCAAUUUGGUGAUAUAUAGUGAUGUCUGAAACAUUGAACUAUGUGGGGUGGGGUGGGAAGAUCAACUGCCCUGAGACCUCUGGGUAUAGGGCAAUAUAUAAAUUCAAUAAAUAAUUGUCAUCAUCAUCAGGCGAAGGAGCAGCCAUGGGGGGUUAGGUGGGGUGAAAGAGCAGUGCGGAUGGGGAGUGUGUGAAGGAGCAGCCUUUGGAGACUGCACAGGUGUGUAUGUUGUGGGGGGAGAGAGAUCAGGUGUGUUGGUGGGCAAAGGAACAUGGAGAUUGGGCAGUUGCGGGGCUUGAAGAUCAGGCAUUUGGGUAAGUCAAGGACACACAGACAGAAGGGAGCAAGGGAGGAAGGAGGCUGGAAUGACACAGGGCUACUUACUUUGUGGCAUCUCAGCGACCCAGCAUUGGCAGUGGCUUCACAAAACCCUGCUUUCUGCCAGCUGCUUCCAGGCAAACGCACAUUGCAUGCACGCACAUGCUGUGAUCCGUGAUGUAUUGCCACAUCAGUUAUUUUCAAACUGUUAUCAUGAUGUGGUCUAGAAACCAGUAUUGGAUGAUCAGUAUCAAUAUAUUGGCCAGCCCUAUGCUUGGGUUAAACUUUUUCAGUUGGGUUCCAAUUUCUUCUGUGCCUGCCAUCACGUGUGGUGAUCCAGAUGUGUUUCCUUCUUCUGAAACUUCCACCACCAAGAACAAGAAUCUUCCUUCUUCUGAGUCAGAACGUUGAACACUGACUGGCAGCGAUUGUCCCAGGUUUCCCUACCUAGGGAUGCUGGGGAUUGAAUCUGGACCUUUUGCAUGCACAGCAGAUGCUCUACCACUGAGUUACGACCCUUCUCUGAAAGAAUAUUAUUCAUCUGUUGGGUCUGGAUUAAAAGACCCCUUUCUGAGACCUGUUCCCUUUCUGUAGCUCAGUGCAUAUUUAUAGCCCCAUACUUGUAACAUUGCAUGUUAUACUGUUUUUUCCAAUGCUCACUGAUAAUACUCAGUGCAGUGUCUUGCGCUAAGCCAAGAUUAUGCUGCCCAUGAUCCAAGAGUUGGGUGCCUCUUAUGAGCCAAGCAUUUUCUGGGAUGUAGCAAGAGGUUCUGGAACUUUCAGAGGUUUUGCUUGUGCUCUUAAAAUAUAUAAUUGCCCCAAGCAACUGUUUAGGUUGCUUGUGUAAUUGGGUCAGUCCAGGAGAAAAUUUUCUAAAUUUAUGUAUGUUUGACAAAUUAUUUUCAGUUGUUUAUUUGCAGUUGUCAGGAAGCAAAACACAAAGUGGGGCAGUGUAAGGGUGUUGCUGAAAAUUGCUGGUUCCACAGGACUGAACACCUUGAGCCUCCUAUGUCUAUUUUGUAAUGCUGUAAGGGAUUUUCAGAUGUUGAUGAAGGCUGUGGUCUCUGGCUGAGCUGCGUGGGUGUCAGAGGGGCAAGAAAGGCAAAGGCAUGUCUCUUUUCCGCUGGCAGUCUUCCUUGCAUCCCACUUUGUGGAUACUUGACUCCCAUGCAAUUUAGCUUAAUGAGUGAGAUAGGAGGCGAAGGUGACUCCUCCACUUUGCUGUCAGGAGAGGGUCUUAAUUGUGAUUGCUUUGCUGAUGUGUGGAGGCAGCAAUAAUUUAGACUCAGACGGUGUCCUCCUGCUCAUUCAUCUUUGACUCCUAAAAAUACUUGUUGUGUUGCAAGGUCACAAACUGAGCUGGUGGCAUGGUUAUAGAUCAAGCUGCCUUACCUAGUUGGACCAUUGGUCAGUACAGCCCAGGUUUCCCUCUCUGAUAAUGGCUCUGAAGGUCCAGGUUGGGUCCUUUUGCAGUCAUUGCCUCCUGAGACCCAUUUAACAGGAUUAGAUGCUGGAAAUUGAAUCUGUGACCUGGUGCCUACAGAGCCUGUGCUUCUGCACUGAGCUAUAGAUCCUCUCUGAGACUACAACUCCUAGGAUCCCUGAUCAUUGACCAUGCUGACUGGGGAUGAUGGGAGUUGGAGUCCAACAACAUCAGCUGGGACACUAGGCUGGGGAAAGUUGCACUGGUGUGAAGUGCCACACAAAGACAAGGAGCUGGUGCAGGAUGAAGCAGAGAUGCUCGAAGCCAAAAAGACACAAAAUGCUCUUAUUAAGUCCAGGUGCUGCUGUUAGGAGGAGAGGCAGUGGGCGUGUGCUCAAAAGAUCAAAGGCUUGUUUUAAGUUGCAAAAGACCUUUAAUUCUUCAGGAACCAUCCCAUCGUGCAAUCCAGCUCAGAGCGAGCUAUGUACACUGCAGCAAACAAGUAAUAAUCUCUGAAGGGCUAACUAUCAGAGUUUCUCAUCAAGAACAAAUAUAAGUGAAACAAGCUGGGGGCGGGGAGGAGAGAGAAAGAAAGAAAGAAAGAAAGAAAGAAAGAAAGAAAGAAAGAAAGAGAAAGAUGAGAGAUGCAUCCUCUUGUCUCCUGGAGUUAGACCCCAAGGCCUGUUUAAUAUGUGUACGUACAGUAUGUACUUUUAUAAUCAGGGCUUUGUGGGCGAUGCAGCUCUGGCCCAGAAGGGAGUAUGAUAAUAAUACUGAGCACAGAAAAUGGCUUCUUGAAAACCUCAGUCCCACCCCCUUCUUAAAAAAACACAAAUUGCAAAGCACGUCUUCUGAACCAAGUUUGUGGACCAUACGUGGUGGGAUGUCAGAAACUACCUAGGGGUGUGUGUGUGGUGUGGUGUGCAGUAGCGAUGGGGGUGGGGAGGUGUACUGUUAGUGCCUGGUGCCGACUCUCCAAGCUUUUCUCAUUGCAAGUAGAUCAGGAUAAACUAUGCAGAACAAGACAUAUAUAUCAACUUUAAUUUACAAAGCUCAUCCGGGUCUCAGAAUCCUGCAUUUCAUAUAAUUGUGGUGUUGGAAGGAAUCCAAAGGGUCAUCUAGGCUAACCCCUUGCAAUGAAGGAAUCUCAGCUAAUUUCCUGGUACAGUCAUACCUCUUGUUACAUUUGCUUCAGGUUGUCUUUUCAGGUUGCGUCCUGCGGCGACCCGGAAGUACCGGAAAGGGUUACUUCUGGGUUUCGCCGCUCGCGCAUGCGCAGACACGCAAAAUGACAUCACACACAUGCGCAGAAGCGGCGAAUCGUGACCCGCGCAUGCGCAGAUGCAGGUUGCGCUCCUUUCAGGUUGCGAACGGGGCUCCGGAACAGAUCCCGUUCGCAACCAGAGGUACCACUGUAUAGGAUUUUGGUUUUCAUAUUUUUAAGUACGCAUAGUUCAUUGUCCUGUGCAACUCCUUUGGACAGCAGCAUUUCCUUAUCUCAUAUGUAUCCCCUCAGCAACCUUAUGUGGUAGGUCACUAGCAUAAUUCUUGUUUUAUUUCCGUGGAGAAACAGGCUAAUUUGCUGGAAACGAAGAAGUCCAGAGCAAACCUGGAGUUUUUGUUUGCCAAGUUAAAGCAGAGAUAAGAAAAGUUUUAUGAAACCUAUGAAUUACCCCCAGUAUCUUCUUCAGCCAUCUGUGACAGUCUGCUUCUAGUUACUGUCUCUGACUCUUGGGUUUGCACUGUUCCUGUCCCACACAUGAAUUGGAUGCUGAUGUUUGGUUGGAUCUCUAAUUUCGAGCCCAUAUCGAAAUGUGAUGCCCAGCUGGGAAAUCUGUGACCCUCUAGAUAUUGUUGACUACAAUCACCAUCAGUCCCAGCUAGUUAUGGCCAAUGGUUGGGUGGGGGAUCCUUGGCAGAGGAUCAUUAGUAGUGCUGUAUGCUCAUGAGGUUUUGCCUUAUGUCCACAAAGACCAGGGCUUUUAGUGUGGUAGCACCUGCCCUUUGGAAUGUGCUCCCAAUGAACAUCAGGUGGGCAUUGGCAUUUCAACACCCACUGAAGACUCGUUUGUUCACCCAGACUUUCCCUGAGGGUGAUUCAGUUGUGUUGAUGUACGAGGGGCGUUCAUUAAAGAUUUCCCCUGACCCACUUCCAGUGAUCGUAGGAGGAUGAAAUUGCGCAUACAUCUCUCCAUAGGUAACGUAGUAAUUUGUAGCUCUGAAUUCCUAACAGUUUCUCUGUUACGAGUAAUGUCUGCACAUCAUGCAGCGGUCAUCAGGUUCUUGUACUUGAAAGGGCGCACACCAUGGGAGACAUUCGAUGAGAUGAAAAGGACUUAUGGGGAGGAUGCUCCAUCAUAUGAUGUAGUCAAGCACUGGCAUCGUCAGUUCGGUAGAAUGGCUCCCAUUCCUGGGUGACCACAGUCCUCCAUUGAUGAAGACACCAUCCGGCAAGUGGAGGCCGCCAUUUUGGAGGAUCGUCGCAUAACCUUUCGCCAACUAGCUGCAGAUGUCAAGACCAGUGUGGGCUCUGUAGAAAAAAUAAUCCAUGACCAUUUGCACAUGGGAAAGGUGUCCGCACAGUGGGUUCCUUGGCUGUUGACGCAUUUCAAGAAACAGGAAUGAGUCAGAUGCUCACGGGCUCUUUGGGCCAUGUGUCACAAAAACCAUGAUGACUUCUUCACCAGAUUAAUUACUCAGGAUGAAACAUGGGUCCAUCAUUAUGACCCAGAGACUAAAUCCCGGUCCAAACAAUGGAAGAACUCUGCCUCACCACCUCCAAAGUAGGCACAUAUCUAACUGUCAGCAAGCAAGGUCAUGCUCCCGGUCUUUUGGGACCAGCAUGGAGUAGUGAUGAUGGAUUUCCUGGCAAAGGGUACCCAAUUGCUGUGACAUAUUAUGCUUCACUGCUGCAGAGAUUGCGGAAGGCCAUCAAAAUUGAGAGGUGUGGUAUGCUGACCAAAGGUGUCCGCCUACUGCAGGAUAACACCCCGAUUCACAACUCGCAUGUUGCUCAGACUGAAGCAUGGUCCUGUGGCUAUGAAAUCCUUCCUCACCCCCUCAUUCUCCUGACCUCGCACCAUCGGACUUCCACCUCUUUCCCACCAUGAAGUUAUUUUUCAAGGGCAAGCUUUUUCCAGAUGAAAUGCUGAUUUCUGAGGUCAUGUUGUGGCUUCUGACGCAACCUGCUGACUUCUACAGACACGAGGUCUCCACAGACUCUUGUUGGUAGCUAUGUAGAGAAGGACUAAUAACCGUGUCCAGUUUCAUUUGUCUCAGUCCAUGGGAAGUAUGUCAGGGGAAAUCUUUAAUGAACGCCCCUCGUAUUAAGCUGAUCUAGCGAUUUGUGGUGCCAUUAUAAAUGUAAUUUUUAUUGCUGAUAUUGUGCUGUUCACCACAAUAAUAUCUUCCAUACCAUUGGUAUGGCAUGGAAAGUUUAUAAAUACGUAAAAUACAGUGGUACCUCGGGUUACAGAUGCUUCAGGUUACUGACGCUUCAGGUUACAGACUCUGCUAACCCAGAAAUAGUACUUCGGGUUAAUAACAUUGCUUCAGGAUGAGAACAGAAAUCGUUCUCCAGCGGCGCGGCAGCAGUGGGAGGCCCCAUUAGCUAAAGUGGUGCUUCAGGUUAAGAACAGUUUCAGGUUAAGAACGGACCUCUGGAACGAAUUAAGUUCUUAACCAGAGGUACCACUGUAAUUAUGGAAGUUGUCACUCAACACCACCUGCAGGGUUCUUCAUCCCUGUGAUAGAUUGAACAAGUAGAAUUCUGUGUUGACCCAUGUUAGAAAGCAGGCGGGGGGGGGGCAGUCACAUUAAAAUAUAUUUGAGUAUCUUUGUUGGCAUCUGUCUGUCUCAGAAGACAAUGGAAGAGUGCACCUUCAGGGGUGAAGUCACAGUGCCUGCUGUGGCUUUCGAGACCAAUAUGGGAGAGACAUGUUUUGUUGCAGCUAGGGCAGAUGCAAGUGUCUGAUACACCAUGGCGUUUAUUCUGUCUGUGCUCCUCCCAGUGGUCAUUCCUUCUCUGGCCACUGCUGUGGAUAGACGACCCCUGACUGCUGUCUCCAGGCACUGCAAUUGUCUGCAAGGGAUUCCCACACAGCAGUUAGUUAUUUGAGUAUGCACUAAAAUAAUAAUUGCAGAAGUUAAGUAAGGGUAUGCUAUAUUACGUGAUUGCACCUCGCGUUUGUUUGCUUUUGAAAAACUACUAUUCCAAAACUUUCUCUCAGAUAUUGCUAGGAACUUUUUAUUGAUGUGGGAAGCAUUACGAAAAACACGAUUCCCUCACCCACCCACCCACUACUGCAGUCUGAAGUGACUGUCCCAAAUUCUGCUGGCUUCUUCUACUAUUGUUCUUUGGAAUGUGGAGAAUUGAUCCAUUCAGUGCUCUCCCUACCCCUGCACACAUGUUCCAAAAUUCUCUAUGCCUGUAAACCUAACCUACUUAUCCUUUGUUGUAUUUGUGACUCUACUGGAAGACAAAUGAUGAUAAUAUUUAGCAUUUAUAGAACUAAUUUCUAGUGGUUAAAGCACAUUACACAACAUUAUUGGCUUCUCCUUCUAUGUAUGCACCUAGGUAAAGUAUUACAAUAUUAUAAUACAGUAUUACAAACAUCAAUAAUUUAUUGCUCUGUGGAGCCACAGCUUGAAUUUGCCUUUCUUUAUCCAUGGUAUAACUAUUUCAUUAAAGGCAAAAUCAAGAGAGGAAGGAAGGUGCCUUUUUAAAAUGGGAGAAGCUUUCAGCUUCUGCCUUGGCAUUGUCUCCCACAUUGGUUUCCUAAGGCCACAAAUCUGGUCAAAUCUCCAGAAGCACUUUGGAUAAUGGGUGUGCCUCAUUCUAGAGUGUUUGGGACAUUUGAAAGAGUAUCCCUUCUCCUCCUCCUCCUCCUCCUCCCACCUGCCUGGAGAUGAGGCCUUACGCAGUGGUGGUUGGCAGUCAAAAGUACCAAUUGGUUCUUGCUGCAGUCUGCUUGCUUGCCCGCCCGCCAGCACGUGGCUUUUAGGUUUACAAACAUUGCAGGCUGUGUGUACACCUCCCUGUGAGUCAGCAAACCUCAGCAUGGUCCUAGGGCUUGCAGACUGUGGAUGAGAAGCUGGAAGACAAGGGAGAGCAUUUUCUUGCUUCUUGGACCCAAUCCCUGAAAUGAUGGUGGCACCAAAACCUAUCUUGCUCUAAGCAGGUUCCUUCCCUUUUCCUUUUCCUUUUCCUUUUCCUUUUCCUUUUCCUUUUCUUUCCUGUUGAUUCAUUUGGCUACUUGGGAGACGCAGCAGGAAAUCUGUGCAAGUCGUGGUGCUGCCAGAAAGUGUGUGGGAUUCUCCUCUGCAUAAGUGAUUUGUAGAAGCAGACCUCUCACCCCCCCCACCUCUGCUUGCCUGCAUGCAGAAGACUAUUUAAGUGCCUGCUUUUUGCAAAUUUAAUCUUAGGUUUUGGAACGGCACACUGGGAAUAGAAAAGGACUUAACGCUGGACCAACUGUUAUUGCUACAUAAUGGGCGAUAUACAUUUUCAUGUUCAGCCUGCUGUUUGUGUUUAGUAAAAAACAAAUUUUCAUAAAAGCAUUUCGGAAGAUGGAAGUGUGUGCUUUUUUGGGCAUUGGCUGGGAUUUAAUUACUUUGGCUAUUUUUAAAUUUAUUUUGUUGCUUUUAGAGUGACUGGAAAAGGGGGCUGGGAGAUUGGGGGACAAAGAAGCGGAAGGAGGAAAAUGCUUCAUAUCAGAUGAAAAUAAUGAUGCACGGCCAAUUCUGGCAAGCAAGGCUACCUAGUAAAUUGUGUCCUCUAGAGUCAGCUAAUUUAGAAGAGAGGGUGGGCAGGAGGUACCACCGCAAUCAAAACACAUCGGUUAUUUGAAGGGGAGAUGUGGGGCGGGUGAGAGUUGUAUUGGUUCAGCUUUAGUAUGUCAGCAGCAAGCAGAGCUUUCUCCUCCCCCUUCCUUGCCGCUGCAUUUGAAGAGGGCCUUUUCCACAAGGGCUAUUUUUAGCCACCCGUCUCCAGGCAUUAAUGGCAAAAAGAGUGACGCCAUAGCUCUUGUGCGUGAGCAAGAUUUCCCCUGCAGCUCACUCACGUUUGAUUCUCUGGCGCUGGGGAGGGGAAGAUGAGAGGAGGGUUGUGAAAACUAGAUUUGGGGUUUAGCCAGAGAUCCUUUUUCGUCUCAAUAAUGCACCAAUAUAUUCUCUCUCUCUCUCUCUCUCUCUGUGUGUGUGUGUGUGUGUGUGUGUUGCCUGAUCUGCUGGAAGAGAAGAAUAUAUUCCUUCCUUAAUGGAAACAACAUGACUAUUGAGAGAGACGCAGAAGAAUUUCUCUGGCAUCCAUUUCUGGAGGCCUCUUAGCCGCAUUAAUUCUUGAAGCACACUGAAUGCAUGUUGUUUGAUUUACAGUUGUGUUCAGAUUUUGGGAGGUUUUCUGUAGUGGGGGCAGCUUUAUUGUGAGGCAAGGGGAAGCAACUAUCAGAGGUGCUGGAUUUUGGAAGUCAUGGGCAUUGAUAUGGCUGCGCAAGAACACAGAAGUCCUCCUUUCAGUGGGGCUUACAGAGGGGGUCUUUUUCCUAACUGAUUUGUGCCUUGUGUUCAUUAGUUGAGGGGAGGUGUCACUUGAAUUGGCUAGCUUGGGUACCAAAACCAGGCUGAACCUGUCCUUACAUCAGGAACACAGUGUGUUUCUGAACACAUGCAAAUUAAAACUUGGGUGAGUUUUUGGCAAAGGUCUAGAGACCUUUUUAUGAAAUAUGUGGUCUUUCUUAGAAGCCUGGCAUUUGAGGUGCUCUUUAGAUUAAUUCAAUAGACCCAUUUUGCUUAGGUCAGCCUUCAUGGGUGUAGCCAAGGGGGGCAGGAGGGGACAGCUGCCCCCCAAAAUCAAUACAAAUCUGAUGUUUUGGCCCCCUAACAAAAGCCUGCCCCCCUAACAGAAUAUUUCUCCCCCUAACAAAUAUCCUGGCUAUGCCCAUGUCAGCCUUCUUCAGCCUUGUAGGUUCCAGAUGUUUUGCAUUACACCUUCCAUCAGCCCCUGCCAGCAAUGCCUAGAUCAUGUUGAAAAAGCACUUUAAAAAAGCAGGGGGUGGACUUUUUAGCAGCUGUGUGUGUAGCAGAGGCCCACCAAUAGCGUUGAAACAACCACCAUUGCACGGUGUCAGCCCAUUAAACGUUUCCCUUCCCUUCCAGUCUGAUAUCAAGCAAUGACUUGAGAUCAAGUUGUUGUGAUCUAGUAAAUACAUCCCAUUCAUGUGACCUUAAAUAUGAUUCACAUGCUUGGAAAGUGGAGUGGAGAAAGUAAACAGGUCUCACUUGACACAACUUGCCCUAAGACAACCUUUGCUAACCUGGUGCCCUCUAGAUGUUUUGGACUACAAUUCCCAUCAUGCCCAGCCACCCUGGGCAUGCUCCCACACAAUACCACAUGGUUGUGCUCACUGGGGCUGGUGAGUAUUGCUGUCCAAACAUAUGGAUGGCACCAGGUUGGGGGAGGCUGGCUUAGAUAGUUACAUAGCUUUUGUAUAGUGCUUGUCCAUAUUGCAUUACAUUUACUCAGUGCCAGAAGUAGGUUCCAGGCCAGUAUUUUGGGUAGGAUUAACCAGAAGCAUGUUUGUUGCUUCUGGCUAGGAUAUGAAGUGGCAACCUUUGUGUGCCAAUGGGCUCUUGCAGAUCUGUUGUCCCUCAUAAACUUCUGCAUUGUCCCAGUCACAUGAUUUUCAUGUGCACAUAAUCUGAUUGCUGUUCACCAAGGUGAAGUGUAUAUGUGAACCAGUUGAAGAUGAGUAAGUAGCAAAAUAUGUCAAGGUUCCUUUUGCCUUCUCUGUAGCCAUGAGAUGGUAAAUGGAAGUUCAGCGAGCACUGUUCCUAUGAUAUGACAUGUGCCUCUCCAAAUUCUUGAAAGAAGGCUAAUCUAUGCAGGCGGGCCAAUUAUACUAGCUGAGAGAAUGCCUCAACUUCUGUACUUCUGAUGUGCUUGAUUCAGGAGCAAAUCUUGUAGUUGCACAUGGGCGGGGGAUGUCUCAUUGGGAAGUGGAUUCUGUCAUUCAAUCCUGGUAGGAACACUCACGAGCAAUUUGUGUCAGGAGCCCAUUUAAGUGAGAUGUUUUCAGGUGUGCACUUCCAUGCAAGUCAGACUCAAAGAUGACCUGAGCAUUGCAAAUUUUUGCAUUGGUACUGGCCCCAGAGUACUACCCUGUCUAGGAGAGCCCCUCAACUUUAAAUUAUGGGGUUUGUGCAUGGUUUUGGAAGUCAUUUGGAUCUCUUUUUAAAAGUUUCUUAUUUGUCGAAGACUGGAAAGCAUUUUGGGGCUCUGCUCCUGAAGGCCCAGGUAGAAUUUUAUAACUUGGGAGUGUAGGCACACAGACAUACAUGGCUUGAAUGGCAAGUCUGCUGUGAAUCACUUUCUACCUACAACUGUCUCAGAGAAGACAACUUUCAGGCAAACUGCUCUUCCUGUUUCCAAUAGAAGCCGGCUGUGAAGAGUGCUAACUGGCUGUCUCUUGUGACAGUCAUACAGUCCCUUCCCCCUUCCUUUCCUGGAGCUGUGUUUCAAGUAGCGGGAAAACUGGCUUUAGAAAAAAGGUUGGGUGUGAAAGAGCCACACAAAUACUUAACUGGAUGAGUAUGCCAGGCAUUGGAUUUGGGGGGCAGGGAGGGGAGAGGGACUCCAAAAACCUCUCUGGAUCAGCUGGAUUUGGAACUGGGGUUGUGCCGUUGUGUGUGUCUGGGGUGAUGGGGGAGCAAAGCUGAAAAACAUUUCAGGAUGCAUUUCUGUACAUUGGUAGGUACGUCAACUUCAGCCAUUUCUAAAGAAGGCUAACAGGACCAUUGUGAUACAGUAGCCUAGCCUAUCAGUUACCACAUGAUCUAACAGACUCUAUGUGGGGCCAUUGUUGAAGAUUGUUUGGACACCAACAUUGGUUCAAGUGGUGUCCCCUUGCCUUUGAUGAGAAUGACCCAGAGGUAUUGCAACACUUGUUUGAAAUAGCUUAUCAUUCAAAAUUUUUGGUACUGGCCUUAAAAAGCAGGCCACGGUUCGUGAUAGAUUAAGGGCUGUUCCCGCCUUGUCUGUGAGCUCUGCAAUGCAUUGAUGUCAUCAGGUGAAGAGGUUCUAAUCCAGGUACUGACCUUGUUUGAGUCCAGGCUGAAGGACAAGGGCCUUUUCAGUGGUGGCACCCUAUGGUCUAUUCUUUAUGGCGGAUCAUACAGAAGGUUUCUGUGCUCCGGCUGUAUUGGAGGGGGUGGUGGAAUACAGUAGAAUUUUGGACUACAAGAAUAUUUUCCCUGAGGGUGGAUCUGUUACCGACUGCUUUGCUAAUGGUUGUUUUUGGUUGCCCUUCUGCCUUAUUUAUAUUGUUGUUGUGCUUGGAUUUUGGGAUUUCUGUGUGCUUUCAUGGCAGAAGCAGUUUUGAGAACUGAGUGAAGGUGACAGGAUAUACAUUUCAAAAUAAAAACAGCAAUAAGGAUGCCUGGCCCUCUGGACUUGCUACAAAUACUAUCUGUGCAGUUGUGGUGUCCUCCAGAUGUUUUGAACCAUACUGGCUAGGGCUGAUGGGAGAUUCAGUUCAAAACAUCUGGAGGGCAUCAGAGUGGUGAAGACUGGCUAAGAGGAUUGAGAGCUAAACAGUGUGGAAAGUGCACAGCUGCCAGAAGUCUUGGAAUGAUACGGGAAAGUUUGGGACAUGCUAGUAGCCUUUGCAUACAUUUACCCCUUUGCAGGGGUAGGGGGCUUGCUUCUGGGGAGUGUAACUGCCACACUGCGGGGAAAACCUUGAAAGUGGACCUCUGUAGAUGUAUACAGUAACUGUGUUCAGAAAUGUUACAGAUUAAAUAUUAGGAAAUCAUUUAUUUAAAGCAGUGGUUCCCAAACUGAGUGGUAGUGCCCCCUGCGGGGGAGGGCAAUGGGGUUACCUAAAGGGACACUAAGAGGCAAGGGGGUGGCAGGAGGGCACUGGAGGUGUAAAUGACUAUCAGACUUGAAAAGUUGGUGUCACUGGAUCAAGUUCAUUAGUUUUGUUGAAUUAAUUAAAUAGUUUUAAUUGGAUUUUGCAUAAAUGUGCAAUUAAUUGAGGUUUUUAAUUUUUUUGUGUUAUUAACUGCCUUUGUGGACUAUGCAAACCAUUAUUCUGAAUAAUGCUUUGGAUAGGAUAGGAUAGGAUAGGAGGCACAGGGAAUGAGUUUAUGGAACCAAGAGGACUGUGGCUCAAAAAAGUUUGAGAACCACUGAUUUAGAGCGUUUUUACUUUGCUCUUCAAGAAUUGUUUGAUCCAAGUUUGGAGGCUCUUCUGUUCUUUUGGGGGGGUGUCUGAACUCAGAAUUAUUGUCAUUCAAAGGCCUCCUUACUACUUUUGUUUAAUUCUCUCCCUGCCCCCCCAUUACUGCUAACCUGGUAUAGCCACACUUCCAAGUGUUUGCGUAGCCAGAGGAAGAAUUGAUGGUUUGUUUUAAGCCAUUCAUUCCCUUCCCUGAGUAAGUGUUGGAAACAUGAGUUCAGAAGCUAAGAGUGCUUCUGCUAGGGGAGACAGCUGGUCUAGAUGUAAGGAAGAGGACUGACUCCAAGUCUUUUCAUUCCCUUGGAACUUGCUCCAUCAAGUUCUGACUCAAACAGCUGCUCCAAGGAGCCUGGAAAGCCACAGGGUUUGUCCUGCCAGCUGGCUUCCCCUGGACAUACUUGCUUCUGCUGUGCGCUGUGUGGAUACUAUGAUGGGGAGUUCAAGUUACGGUUUGGGCACCAGCAUGAAUGGCUGUGUUCUUGUAGACACUUCCUUUCCCUGGCAGCCCUUUUCUCUGACAUCGUGGUUUCACUUUGUCACCGGAAGGUUUGUGCGCAUGAUACAAUUUACAGCAAGACACAUUGGGAACUUCCUUACUGAGCUGAAAUAAGGGUCCAUCUAUCCACCUGAGUAUCAUUUGGCUCCCAGCUACUUUCCAAGUUUGUGGCAGAGGGGCUUUCUUGUUGGAAAAUUAGGGGCCUUGCGUGGAGACCACCAAAGAUGUUUUGCAUGAGCAUGCUUAGGGGUGGCAUUCAGCUAAUGAGCCCCACCAGUGGAAGCGUACACAAGGACUUCCGCUAGCGUAACAGGACUCCCCUCCACCACCUCCUACAAACUGGCUCUGGGGAGAGAACCCCCCAAACAGCAUGCAGGAGGAGAAGAUGGGAGAUGAUUCUGUUAGGCAAACAGAAAUGACAGGCAGAGCAAUCUGCUUAGCAGAUUAGACUGAAUUCCUCCUAACUUCUGUAGACUGUUGUUCUUGAGGCUGGGCUGGCUUUGUGGGCAGCCUCAACACUGGUGUUAGCCGAUUAGAAGAGCCUUGCUGGAUAUUAGCAAAGGUCCAUCUAGUCAAGCACCCGGGAGCAGGGGCUGAAGGCAACAUCUAUAUGCCAGCACUGCUCUCCAGGUAAUAAAAGACCUGCUGCUUCCACUUCUUGAGGUCGUGUGUAGCCGUGUGUGAUAGACCUCCUCUGCCAAGAAUUUGUCUGAUCCCUUUUUUGAAAGGAGGCAAUGGUGGCCACCAAUCUAGAUGGCUUUAAAGAAUGAUUAGACAAAUUCAUAAAGGAGAGGGCUAUUGAUGGCUACUAGCCAGGAUGGCUCUGCUCUGCCUCUGCAGAUGGAGGCAGCCAGGCUUCUGAAUACCAGUUGCUGGAAGCCGCAGGAGGGGAGAAUGCUCUUGUGUUCAAAUCCUGCUUGUGAGUUUCCCACCAGUGUCAGAAACUAAAAUAUAUAAGCUAGUCACCAAAUGGCACCUUAAACCUAGGUUCCAGUUCUCACAAUGAAAUGCCGGGGUGCCUUUUUUACAAUGAAAAGUAUUAUUAUUAUUAUUAUUAUUAUUAUUAUUAUAUUAAUUCCAUUUCCAUGCCACUUUAAAUUUUAAAGAAAAAAUCUUAAUGUGCUUUACAAUGCAUUAAAACACCAAAAGAAACAACCCAGAAUAAAAGAAAUUCUGCAAGCUUCAAGGAAAAUAUUUCAGAUCCUUCUCCAAGUGACAUUUUGCUUUCCCCAUAUUUAUUUACCUACUUAUUUUAUAUAGCUUCCCCAUAGCAGAAGUAGUCUAGGAGUGUGGUGGAGUCUCCUUCUUUGGAGGUCUUUAAACAGAGGCUUGACCACCAUAUGUCAGGAGUGCUCUGAUGGUGUUUCCUGCUUGGCAGGGGGUUGGACUCGAUGGCCCUUGUGGUCUCUUCCAACUCUAUGAUUCUAGGAGGCCAGUGUGGCAUAGUGGUUAGUGUCUUGGACCAGGAUCUGGGAGAUCAGGGUUCAAAUCCUCACUCAGUCAUGAAGCUCACUGAGUGACCUUGGGCCAGUCUCAGCCUCUUAACCUACCUCACUGGGUUGUUGUAGGGAUUAAAUGAGGAGGGGGUUGAACCAUGUCCUCCUUGGAGAAAAAGGUGGGAUAUAAAUGUAAUAAAUAAGCUGUGGCUCACUAGCUUAAGAAAGCUGGUGGGGCUUGCCAGAUGGAGAUGUCAGCUACCAGCCUGGCAUCCAGAGAGCUCCAUGUGGUUGCAGUUGACCCACGCCAGGGACACAACCCGCCUGGUGUUUCGUUUGGCUACUGGGAGAACAGGAUGCUGGUCUAGAUGGACCAUUGGCUUGAUCCAACCGACUCCUCUUACGUUUUAAGCCGUCUAAGCCAGGGGUGAUUCCCACAUUUUUCAGUUCUGUAAAUUAAUUAUGUAAUCAUAGAAUCGCAGAUUUGGAAGGGGCCUCAAGAAUCACCUUGUCUAAUCCUCUGCAAUGCAGGAAUCUCAACUACAGCAUCCACGACAGAUGGCCAUCCAACCUCUGCUUAAAAAUCUUCAAGGAAGGAGAGCCCACAAAACUCCCAGGGGAGACCAUUCCGCUGUCAAACAGCUCUCACUGCCAGAAAGUUCUUCUUCAUGUUUAGCUGGAAUCUCCUUUCUUGUCCUGUUUUGACAAUGGAAUGGACUCUCUCAGAAAGUUGUGGUCUCAUUCAUCAGAGGUUUUUAAAAGGAGGUUUGAUGUCCAUCUCUCAGGGAGUCUUUAGCCGUGAUUAUUGCAUUGUAGGGGGUUGGACUGGGAUUUCUUCCGACACUAUGAUUUUAUGAGGAUGGUCUUACUUUUGUCUGCUGUGGAUCUCCUGCCGGUCAGAUUCCUAUGAUGUUCCUGAGUUCCAGUAUUAUGGGAGAAAGAGAAGAAAAACUCUGUACACUUUCCUCUCUGCCUUGUAUUAGCUGUCAAUCUCUGUCAUGCCCCCACUUAAGUUGCUUGGGGUGUGUGUGGUGUUGAUAAUGCUGAGUCUCUGCACAACUGGCUGGAUCCAUACGAUAGGCAGCUUACAGAAUCAUAGAAUUGUAGGGACCCCAAAGGUCAUCUUCAGUGCAGGAAUCACAGCUAAAGAAUCAUUGGCAGGUAGUCAUUCAAGCUUACAGAUGUUGUAGCUCUUAAGUUGGCGGAUGCGGUUUUUUACAGCCUUCAGCUCCAUAGGGAUUGGGACUCAGCCUCUUGUGUUGCAAUCUAUUUUUUUAAAAUAGUUUUUAUUGGUUUUUCGAUAUAUCCAUCCUUUAGGAAAUAUCUCUCUAACAAUUUCCCAUUUUUUCCUGCCCCCCUCCCAUGGACUUCCCUCAUACUUCCACUUUGUUUUACUUUCAAUUUAUUCAUCCUGCGUAUUAUUUCCCCAAUUUAUUCCUAAUACAUUUACAUCUAUUUUUAUUUUAUUUAAUACAUUUGUGAAUGUUUACUCAAACCCUGCCAAUGAGUCCCAACUCUUCAUGUUGUCUCUUCAUAUAUAUUGUAAAUGGUUCCCAUUCUCUUUUAAAGUCUUUGUUGUCCUUUUCAUGUAAAUUUGCUAAUUCUGCAUAUUCCAUGAGUUUCUCUUGCCAUUGUUCUUUCAUUGGGGUUUCUUCUGUCUUCCAAGCUUGUGCUAGUAAAAUUCUUGCCACUGUUGUUGCAUACAUAAAUAAUUUCCAGUUGUCUUUUCUUAUUUCCUGAUCUAAAAUCCCUAGGAGGAAUGCUUCUGGUUUCUUAACAUAAGUCUUUUAAAACAUUUUUUUCAAUUCAUUAUAUAUCAUUUCCCAAUAAUUUCUGACCUUUUUGCAUUCCCACCACAUAUGAUAAAAUGUACCAUCUUUUUCUUUACGUCUCCAACAAGUCUUAUACAUUUUAGCCACUUUCUCUGCUGUAAUGUACCAUCUCCAAUGGUACCUCGGGUUAAGUACUUAAUUCGUUCCGGAGGUCUGUUCUUAACCUGAAACUGUUCUUAACCUGAAACACCACUUUAGCUAAUGGGGCCUCCCGCUGCCGCUGCACUGCCGGAGCACGAUUUCUGUUCUCAUCCUGAAGCAAAGUUCUUAACCUGAAGCACUAUUUCUGGGUUAGCGGAGUCUGUAACCUGAAGCGUAUGUAACCUGAAGCGUAUGUAACCCGAGGUAUCGCUGUAUACAUCAUUUUCAUAUAAUUCUCUUUCAAUAAAAUACAGUCUGUAAAUUUUAAAUUUAGCUUCCCCAUCCUUUCCCAAUCUUCAAAUUGUAUAUUAUGACCUAAAUCCUGAGCCCACUUUAUUUCUGCUGACUUAACCAUCUCAUCCAAUGUUUCCCCAUAUAGCAGGAGAUUAUACCUCUUUUUAAGUAAUUUUGUAUCACUCUCGAUAAUUUCUUUUUGAAAGUUUGAAACUAUGUAACCAAAACCUCUCUUAUUAUCCUCUUUGAACUGUUCAUUCAACUGUCUAUGAUGUAGCCAACUUUGCAAAAAGACUUUAAAUUCUUCAUACUCUUUUAGUAUACCCUUCCACCCCCCCAUCAAUAAUUCUCUAAAUGUCAGAUGGCUGCCUCUCCUGUUGAGUGGUUUUAAUGCUAAUGCCUCCACUGGAGAAAGCCACCAUGGGGUUUGGGUUCUUAUUAUAUGGUUAUGAAAGCCUUUACGUUUUUUUAUCUUUCCCAUACCAUAAAUAUGAAUGCCAACCAGAUCUAUUAUUGUGCUCUUCCAAGUCCAGUAUUUCAUCUUUCUCUAAUUUAAUCCUGUCCCAAAUCCACGUAAUACGUGCUGCUUCAUAGUACGGUUUAAAGUCUGGGAGGGAAAAGCCUCCUCUGUCUUUUAUAUCUAUAAGCAUUUUACAUUUUAUUCUAGGCUUUUUCCCAUUCCAGACAAACUUAGAAAUAUUUUUUUGCCGGUUUCUGAAGCAGACAAGAUUACUUAUUUUCGGUAUUGACUGAAAUAAAAAUAACAUCUUUGGUAGUGCAUUCAUCUUUAUCACUGCUAUCCUUUCCAUCAGGGGAAAGGUCCAUUCUGUUCCAAAUCUCCAAAUCUUUCUUGAUCUCAUUACAAACUUUCUCUUGUGUUGCUGCAAUCUAAAGAUUUUGGAACUGAUGACCAAGUGAGAUGUGACAUUGGGAACCUAGAGUGGUUUGUGAAACAUUCAGAUGAAACAACACACAAUACAAAUGGCAGUUAUUUAAAAUAUUUAUUAUUCAUUGAACCCAGCAUAUUCACAGUGAAAACUCUCCAACAUCUCAACAGUGACAUAAAGGAAAACCAAGGGACAUUUAUGUAUCCAUUUCCCCCUAAAGGUCUGGGUAAAAACAUGUGACUUGACACCGGAAGAUUGUCAGUGAAAGAGACAAAGAAUACCUCCAGAGGAUGAGAGCUCCACAGUUGGAAUGCCACCACAUUGCCACACAAUGGACAAUGCCUAUUUACAGAACCACAAGAACCGUUUCCUACAUAGAUCUCAAGGCUUUGAACCCUCCAGGGAGAGAAUGGGCCAAGAUGAAAAGAACAAGCACAAAUCCUUCCAUUUUAAUACACAGAAUGUAUUAUAAAUAUAUGAAGAGCAGUGGAGGACCUUGUAUCAGUGCUCUCCUGUCAGGGACUGGCAGGAGUGUGCACCAGGGGAAUGGGGGUGGGAGAGGGUGCCAGUGAUUUGUGGAGAAAAGAGUUGGAGGCAGGGGAUGCUUCAGAGCUGGAGGUUGAGCACAAGAUGGGUUGGAGGAAGAGGCAGGUCAGGCAAGAGGCAAGCCAGGUGCUUCCCCAACCUCUCCUGCACCACUUUCUCCCAGAAUCAGGAGGGGACUGAAAAGGGAUGCGCAGAGGAAGUUUUCACAUAGGCGCGGUCUCUGGCUGCAUGUGCGCAGCCCAUCUGGGGAAGAUACAUAAGCUGGUGGAAGGGUGGUGGUCCCCUGUUGCUGGAAGAAGAGGCGAGGGGGGCCAGCCGCUGGGCUUACCUUCCCAGGGGCGUGAUCCGUAGCGCAUUUCAUCUCAGUGGGCUUGAGCAGUUCUUCAGGCGCUGAACAAGUGGCCUUGAAACAAUUUCUGCUUACUUGUGAGUAAGCGUGUCUUUAGGGCUAUUAGUGUCCGUGCAUCCAGCGGCAGGGCAGGGAUGCGGCGUCUCCUGGCGGUCUCCUGGCGGCGCAGGUGGAAGCUGGCAGGGAAGGGAAAGCGGACUCCUGAGUGGGCGAGGUGGAAGGAGCUGGCGGUGGGCACUGCCUUGUCUCCUUGCGACAGGAAGAAGAGACCGAGCGGUGGCGGCUCUGCCAAUCAAACGCUGCUGAGCUAAACCAGGCGCGGCGAUUGAGUGGCAGAGCCGCCGCCGCUUCUUCCUUCCUUCACCAUCGCUGGGAGUCUCGGCUUUGUGGCGUGGGGUGCGGGCUGGAUUUACGACCCAGGUGGGCCUGCUCUGGCCUACAGGCCUUAGUUUGCCGACCCCUAGUGUUGACCUAGGAAUAGUAGCCUAGAUGCUAGAUUGGUGUGCAUAGGCAUCCAGAGCUGUAGAAGCAACUGUGUUAUCUUUGACAGUCAAGAGUUAACAUUCCUUUGGCUGUGAAGUGCCUAAGACUCCCCCCCCCUCCAAAAAAGCAGUUUGGAAGGCACUUUUGAGUGGAGAAAGAAUAAGAGGGAGCAGACUUAGCAGCCCCUCCUUUCUACUGUUCUUUUUCUUCCAAUUAAGGAUGCAUUUUCACUACAAAAUAAAAUAAAAUUGGAAGACUGACAUGCACUCAUGCACCAUCUAUAUACUUUGGCCCUGAACCUAUGCCCUUUCCAUUACAGAUAGUCUCUUCUUGUUAUGGUAUAUAUAGGAAACACCAUUUUAAAGAGGGGUUUCUCCUUUACGCACAAAGAAAAAUACAGAGAAAUUGUGCAAAGUAAGAAAUCAUGCCAUAGAAUUUUGCUUUUCUUGCCAUAGAAUUUGAGCAGCAGGCAUGCAGCAACUUAAGAGAGAGAGAGUGUGUGUACACAUGCAAGCUCCACACCAUCCUGCCCUGGGACAAGGAGGAAACCAAGAUUAGAUUAGGCUCCUGUCCUGCAGACGUGCAGGCAGGCCUUGCAGCGGGUCAUGUGGGAAGAGCACUGACUCAUGUCCAGCAUCAUGAAACUUCCAGUAUUCUCUGGGUUUCACUGGAGCACAUCUCUUGCCCAAGAGAAGAUGCCCAGCAUGUGAACUGGGCACAGCAGUGACUGCACUCUUUGGGGCUUGGGGCUCUGGCCAGUUGCUUGUGCUGCUUUGAGUUUCCCAGACUUUUUUUGGAAAGCAUACAGGACAGAUUAACCACAGGUGUCUGAAAACGUUCUCCCUGUGCUAUGGUGACAAGCAAAGGGGACAUGAAGCCCUGUGCUUUUAGUGAUUAUACUCUGUUUGCAGUUACUUUUCCUCAGGUAUCUUCAGAACAUUGUCCUCCUUCCAUUUGCACAGUUCUGAGGUUGCGUUCUUGCUGGACAGUUCGUGAACUUGCAAGCCUUCUGUGGUGAGAGCAUGGUGGGGCCAGCGAAGCAAAUUGAACAGUUCAAGGAGUGUGUCCAUCUUAGAAACAGGAUUGCUGCUCAUGGCCUUCAUUCCACCUUCCAUGAACAAUGUGAAGAACCAUGGGCAAAGAAAGCUAACACAAAGGAGUUCAGUGGAGCACACCGCAGGCCUCAGGCUGGGAAAGUCAUCGCACUGAUAAAUUCUUAUCAGCAUCAUAUUUGAUUAGUGUUGGAUACAAAUUGUCCAGCAAGAACCUUCAGGGUACCUGAGGCAGAUCCCAAAAUGGUGCCCCCUUCCCUGCCUCAACAUGAGGAAUAAAGGGGGGGAGGAGAGAAAAGAUUGACACUGGGAUCUGCUGCCCCUGUGGGAUCCUGCCACUAAGGCAGAUGUCUCACUUUUCUGUGGCAGGAGGGGGAGGAGGAGCCAGCCACUGGAGCUGUGCCAUGCUUGCCUCCAUGCUUCGCCUUUGCACUUUUUGGUCAUUGAGGGCCCCCAGCCCCUAUUCCAAUAAUAUUUGGAGUGGUGGCCAAAAGGGCUCAGCCCCCCGGAGCUGGCGCCCUUGUGUGUGGCUAGUUCUUCUUACAUAGCUUCUGUUUCUGGGAAAGAUCCUGUUGGGUUCCCCCCGCCCCAAUGGUUAAACCCACAGCCCUUGAUUUGCCUCCCAUCUACAGUCCUCAUAGUGGCUUAUUUUCAUUUGCCUCUUGAGUCUCUUGCUUGCUGCUUGUCUGAGUGUAAUAUCAAAACCGGCUGGUGCAGUCCCAGCCCACUAUAAUGUUUAAUUUCCCUUUGUUUUCUUUUGGGGAGUUGGCAGGUAUGCUCUUUGGCUCUUUAAAGACUCAGAACCUGCUGAGGCAGCUCUCUCCCUCUCCCUCCCUCCCUCUCUCUCUCUCUGUGUGUGAUUCAGUAUUUGCAUGUGCCCUUAAAAAAGUAAAAUAAAUAAAUAAGUGAGCUAUUAACAGACUUAGUUCAGCCUCAGAGCUGUGGUUCCAAGGUUGCUCCUGAUUAGAGCCAUGUGGUGAAGGAGGGGAUUGUUUCAAGGCCACAUAGCCAAGCCCUUUCACUCACUACCAUAGCCAAGUCCUUCCAGAGUUCUCAAGACGGGUUUGUGUGCAAAUGUAGGAAACAGCUCUUAAAAUACCUUUUAGCAACACUGACACUUCAGUAGAAGACCAGAAAUAUUUAUUCAGAGGAUUGUAGAAGAUUUGGGGGAGGGGGGUGGAGCUCCGGAAUUGGAGCAUGUACACACACAUCUCAUUUUUGUCUUUCUUAGGCAGGUUUUGCCUGUUUGUGUUCUUUCAAGCCAAUUGUGAAAUGGGAGCAGGCCGCCUGCUUGGCUUUUAAAUCAGGGCAGGGAUAAUCAGUAAAUAAGUGAAUGCUUUUACAUGAUAAAUACAGCACAUGGAACAAUGCUUUUAGCUUGGUUGUGUAUGUAUGUGUUUGUGGUUCUCUUUCGUAUGUGAACUAGGGUGUCAGAAGAACGUCUCUAAUUUUAUCUGUCAAAAGCUGAAGGAUUGGCCUCUGAAUAAUUGGGUUUGUGCACCUCAUUCAUUCAUUCAUUGACUGGGGGUUUGAAAUGGUUAAGAUACUUCACAGUCAUAGAAUCAUAUAGUUGGAAGGGACCUCAAGGGUCCUCUAGUCUAACCCCUGCAAUGCAGGAAUCUCAACUAAAGCACCCAACCUCUGCUCAAAAUCCUCCAAGGAGAGUCCACCACCUUCUCCAUUCCACAGUCGAACAGCUCUUACUGUCAUAAGGUUCUUCCUGAUGUUUAGUUGGAAUCUCCUUUCUAGUAAUGAGCUUCAACUUCAUAUAAUUGUUGUCUUUUAGAACCAUAUGGAUAUGUGACAUUUAUUCUGGCCCUUCAAGAUGGGGGAUUCAGAAUGUGCUCCGAAAUGGUUAAAGAGAUAUUCCCGGUCUGAGCCCUAUAUUGUAUGAGAUAGCAGCACUUUUUGCACCUUACAGUUAAUAAUAGAGGCAUGAUACUUCCCUCCUAACGGAGCACGAACAUAGCGUAGAACAAGAUUUGAGAAAGGGGCAUUUGCAGUAGCAGCCUGUACUGUACACGUGCGCUCAAAAGCUUCACUUACUAGAGUGUUAUAGGAUAGGUAGCCUUUGAUGCGUAACAACUUGACGCUUUGAUGCAACGAAAACUUCGAUUGGCUUCUAAUUGGCUGCAGUGGGAAAACGUGUCACUCCCAUAGCGUGAUGACUAACACUUCCCCCUUGCUGUCCUUAAACUUGGCGCUUCCCACCAGCAGCGAGGAACUGAGCCCGGAGUCGUGUGACCCAGGACCGCAUGCCCCAUGAAACGGGGUUGGAGAUGCGACCAUGUGAUGUAGAGGAGGAGCAAUGUCUCUGCAGUACUGGGGACUUCUGGAUCGCGUCAGAGGGAUCAUUUAUGAAAGAGAGACCGGGGAUGGGAGGCAGGUUCUCCACUGCGCUUACCUUGGAAGGGAUUUCGUUAGGAUGAGACGAUGCUCUGACGUCAGACUUGUAGUGCUUGGAUGGGGGGGGGGAGGGAGCUGCAAUUGGCCACAGCCAUGUUUCCGCGCUUCUGUUGCAGCGAGCGCAACUGGUUCCUUUUAACAGAACGGUCAGGAGGGUCAUCUGAGGUAGUUUUGUAGAUGUCUGCAGUAGGAAAACACAGCACUUGCAAGACGCAGUGCUUUGAAGAGUGGGCGACUUCUUGUACAUACGUCAGUUUGUGGAAUUAGAUUUUAUUCUUUUAAAAAAUACAUAUUUUCAAAAGACCUUUUGGAAAGGUGAAGGCCUUCCUCCUCCAAGCCUGCUGGGGUGUGGCUUCCCCCACCCCUUCCAGGGGGGAAAAGUCUCUUCCUGUCUCCUGCAGCAAUCCAGUCCUCUCUGACUCUACGCAGCACUGCAGCCAUCCUGGGGAUGUACGUGCAAUGUGCAGGAGGGAUAAUGGCCCCCACAGCUGUUCGGAGAGGGGAGGGGGAGGUCUGUGUAGGCUGAAUAACUAGAUCACUGUUACCUCCUCUGCAAUCGGUCUUCAGUUGUGGCAUAUCUCAUUUUCCUCGGGAUUCCUCCAUGCUUUGCUUUUCUUCUCCUUCGCCGUAUUUGGUUCUCUCUUGGCGAAUUCUGGAAAUGUAAGUGCUUCCUUGUGCUGUUUUCCCCUCUUCUCCCCCUCUCCUCUCUUGCCUGCAGUUUUCCAAGAUGUCUGUCUGACUCCUUCUUUGUGUUCGCUGGUGAAGCGAUUGACUGGUUUGUUCUUUGCACAGAGCACUUAGCCAAAGGCAGCUUUUUCUGCACACAGGAUGGGCUGCCCUCUUGUAAGCCGAGUUCACAAAUCUGGUGUGUAGGGCAGCAAACACACAUGUCAUUUUUAACAAACAGGAUUUGCAGCACUGUAGCUAAACCGGAGGAGAAAAUUGGGGCACCAUUAGGGGAGGCUGAGUGCACUUUGGAAGCCCCGUGAAACGCGAACCUUUUGAUGCCUCUGUCAACAUUUUGCUUGCUGUUUCUGAAUCAUGGCAGUGCCGCUGUGCAGAAGGGGUUGAGGCAUGAAAAUCUGCAGACAGAGCCCAGAGAGUGAAUUGUGCCGAGUAUGUAGGGAGGCAGAUGCAGUUCGUGGUGUGGAGGUUACUCUGUCAUUUUGGUUUAUUGCUUUUUUUGCACCUUGCAGCUUUGCAGUGGAGUUUUCCCAUAAUUGCAUCAAACCACAAAUGGCUGCUAACUUUUUGAAGUUGGAUUUGAAACCUUUGCCAAAAUCCUUGAGGUCAUUUUCCCUUUAAUGUCGGGAGUUCUUUACAUUUUUUGUUUUAAAUUCUAAAAGAAUGUAAGCCUUUUGUGUUGGGGGUGGGGUGGGAAAUAUGUGAUCCCCCUCCCCACUUUGAUUUUCCUCUUGUAUUGCUAUUCCUUCCCCCCAAGCCACGGUGAGGUGUGGUGGGGAAAAUGUUUUGUUUUAAAGCAUUAGGAUGACUUUGUAUUUGGGGUGCUGCUUCCUCCAGGAACAUUUAAGCAAGGGAGUGCAUGCCACAUAAAUGAUCCUUGCUCUGGGACCAGCAUGUCCUCCAGGAGAUCUUUGUUUGCAGAGGAGGAGAGGAAACCAAAGGGUUUGUUCGGAUCAUGGAGUUUUUGCAAGGGAGCUGGGUGGGAGGGGGAUGAAUGCACAAAAGGCUCUGGCAGACCCUGCUGCUACUGCUGUGCUGGGAAAGAACAAAGGAAUGGAUUGGAAAACACAGGAAUGGGUUAACAAAAAUGGGCAAAUUUAAUCUGCAAAAAAAUAAUACUUGUAAAAAUCAUCAGCAUUCCAUAAAAGCUGGUGUAUUUAUCUAGCAUUUCAGAAGUUGGCCAGCCUAAGUUAGAUUGUUGUGAUUUCAGGAUAAGGUAAACUUGCCCCAGCUUGUUGCCAAGACUGGACUCAAAUUUGCUGCUUCUUUUUUUAACAUGGGCUGCAAGCAUAAUUGGGGAUGCAUUUUAUUUCUGCUCCUCCUGCUUCUUGAGGGAGGAAUUUACUUUGCAACCUGGUGUUUGUCCACAUGCAGUUGCACCUGAAUGUUGGAAGAUUCAGGACAGCUGAAAAAAACAAACUUCUUCAUGCAGCACAGAGUUAAACUGUAGAACUGACUCCCAUAGGAGGCAGUGAUGGCCGCCAAUCUAGAUGGCUUUAAAAGAGGAUUAGACAAAUUCAUGGAGGAGGAGAAGGCUAUUGAUAGCUACUAGCCAUGAUGGUUACACUCUGCCUCCACAGUCAGAGGCGUAUGCUUUUAAAUACCAGUUGCUGGAAACCAUAGGAGGGGAGGGGACUCUUGCAUUUGGGCCCUGCUUGUGGGUUUCCCACAGGCAUCUGGUUGGCCACUGUGAGAACAGGAUGCUGGACUAGAUGGGCCAAUGGUCCUAUCCAACAGUCUCUUCAUGUGUUCUUUAAUCAGGUACACUGCCACUGAACAAUGUCUCUUCCCCUGAACACUUUUGAGGUGUAGACACACGUGCUCCCACUCCCAACACGUCAUAUAAGCACUGGGCAAUGGGCUUUGUGGGGUGGUAAAUGCUUCCCUCUGUGAGAGAGUCUUCCUGGACCCACUUAAAGAAGCGGUUAUUAAACUGCUUCUUAAAAAAAACAUCUUUGGACCUGGCCAUUAUGGCCAAUUAUCAUCCAGUCUCAAAUCUUCCAUACUUGGGCAAGGUGGGUGGUCACUUGAACAACUCCAGGCACAUCUGGAGGAUGCAGACCAUUUGGACCCCUUCCAGUCAGGGUUCAGGCCUCAUCAUGGGACUGAAACUGCCUUGGUUGUACUGGUUGAUGAUCUCCAGCGGGCUAGGGACAGAGGUAAAAGCUGUUUCUUAGUUCUGCUGGAUCUCUCAUCAGCGGCUUUUGAUACCAUUAACCAUGGUAUCCUUCUGGAUUGUCUAGGGGGGUUGGGAGCUGGGGGUGCUGUUAUGCUGUGGUUCUGCUCCUUUCUCCUGUGCCAUGUCCAGAAAGUGGUGUUGGGACCCCUGGGCACUCAUUUGUGGGGUGCCUUAGGGCUCUGUCCACUCCCCCAUGCUUUUAAACAUCUAUAUGAAGCUGCUGGGAGAAAUCAUCAGGGGGUUUGGGCUAGGUGUUCACCUAUAUGUGGAUGAUACCCAGCUCUACCUCUCCUUUAAAUUGGAACCAGUGCAGGCGGUGAAUGUCCUGUGUGAGUGUCUGGAGGUGGUUGGAGGAUGGGUGGUGGCUAAUGGAUUGAGAAUGAAUCCCGACAAGACAGAAAUAUUAUUUUGGGGGACAGAGGGUGGGUGGGUGUGGAGGACUCCCUGGUCCUGAAUGGGGUAACUGUGCUCCUGAAGGACCAGGUGCACAGCCCGGGAGUCAUUUUGGACUCACAGCUGUCCAUGGAGGUACAGGUUUAUUCUGUGUCCAGGGCAGCUGUCUACUAGCUCCAUCUGGUAUGCAGGCUGAGACCCUACCUGCCUGUGCACUGUCUCGCCAGAGUGGUGCAUGCUCUGAUUAUCUCCCACUUGGGCUACUGCAGUUCACUCUACGUGGGACUGCCUUUGAAAGUGACUCAGAAACUACAACUGAUCCAGAAUGCGGCAGCUAGACUGGUGACUGGGAGCAGCUGCCGAGACCAUAUAACACCGGUCCUGAAAGACCUACAUUGACUCCCAGUAUGUUUCCGUGCACAAUUCAAAGUGUUGGUGCUGACCUUUGAAGCCCUAAAAACCCAGUAUACCUGAAGGAGUGUCUCCACCCCCAUUGUUCAGCCCAGACUCUGAGGUCCAGCUCUGAGGGCCUACUGGCAGUUCCCUCACUCUGAUUAUGUGAAGCUACAGGGAGCCAGGCAGAGGGCCUUCUUGGUAGUGGUGCCCACCCUGUGGUACACCCUCCCAUCAGAUGUCAAGGAGAUGAGUAAUUAUAUAACCUUCAAGAGACAUCUGAAGGCAGCCCUACAGUGGCCAGUUGCUCUCUCUUGCCAGUUGCUCUCUCUUCCUCCCUGUGUGUGGUGGUGAGGAUUGUGCUGAGAGAGAGAGAUGGUGGCUGUUGUUGUCUGGGCCAGAGGGAGAAAGUGAGUAGCCAGUGAGCAGCAGCCAUAGUGAAUGGUGUGCCCCUUGCUGGGUUUGGGCCCUGGCAGGUACUGCCUAAUGAUACCAGUUGCUGGCAGGUUUGUUCCUGGAAUAGUUCACCUACAUGAACACCCCCAUGACUUUUCUCGGAAGUCUUUGACACAUAAUAAUAAUCAUAUUUGGCACAGUUAUUUGUCUCUGCAACCCACUGAAACCUUUAAAAAGUCCAUGUAGCUGUAACCAGUGGGCAUUCUUUCCCUUCCUUGAUCUCCUAUCCUUUCCUUUGUCAAGUUUUAAAUAUACGUUCUGCAAGGUUAGGACCUGUUUUCUUUGCACAGUAACUUUGAUGGUGUGGUAUAAAUAAAGUUGAUCCCAAAUAGCAUUUUGGGUUCACAGGGUGGGAGAGAGGUUGGAUUUGUACCUCAUAAGAAGAGCCUGCUGGAUGAAGCCAGUGGCCCAUCUAGUCCAGCAUCCUGUUCUCACAGUGGCCAACCAGAUGCCUGUGAGAAACCCAUGAGCAGGAUUUGAGCACAAGAGCACUCUUCCCUCCUGUGGUUUCCAGCAACCGGAAUUCAGAAGCACUGCUGCCUCCAGCUGUGGAGGUAGAGCAUCGCCAACAUUGCUAAUAGCUAUUAAUAGCCCUCCAUCAAUUUGUCCAGUCCUCUUUAAAAGCCAUCUAAAUCACUGGCCAUCACUGCCUCCUGUGGGAGUGAGUUCCAUAGUUUAACCAUGUGCUUACUACUCCCAAAACCACAUAUCCUCAUUCCUCUCUUGUCCCCUGGAUAAUCUUCUCUCAGCUCUCCUUCCUUCAUGCCCCAAAGGCCAACUCACAGCCCACCUUUUAAAUCUGGCACCUACAUGAAUUGCUUCACCAACCCAGUGAAUAAGCUGCAUGGAAAGAAUUAGAAAUAUCAGCUCAGCUAGAAUUUCUCCAGAUUAAUAAUACUAGAACAAUAUGGUGGCUGAGGCAGCACAGUCAGGCAAACAAGCAAACAAACAAACAAACAAUACUAGGUAGUUAUAUAUUUUAUUCUAUUAAUAAGUUUCUAUACCACCCUUCACCCAAACUGGUCACAGAGUGGUUUACAAAAACAAACAUAAUAAAUGGAAACAUUAAAACAUUCUCAUAAAUUCUAGAAGUAGCAUAGUUAGAAACACCAUAAAAAUUACUUGACCCCAUCAGCCACUGAAAGCCUGGUGAAAAAUAUGGAGUUUUGAUCUGGUGUCUGAAAGAAUACAAAGCUACACACCUCUGUGGCGAGGUCACUCUACCACCAAAAAGGCUGUCCCAGAGAUGCCUAUACCACAUACCUUUUUUUAUCUCGGAAACACCAGGAGAGUCUCUCCCACUGAUCUCAAAACAUGGCUUGUGUGAUAGGGGAGAAGAUUUUCUCUCAGAUGUUUCUUCCCCAGGCUUAAUCCGGGCUUUGAAUGGCAACAUAAGCACCUUGAAUUGGGCCUGCUUGGCUUGGGAACUGAAGGAAUCAAGCAAAACUAGGAAUGGCAGGGGAAAAAGUUGUGGGCUGGACAGUUUGUAGCUGGUUGACUGGCUGAAUCCAAAGAGUGCUCACUAAUGGUUCCUUGUCAUCCUGGAAAGAAGCGACAAGUGGGGUGCCACAAAGUUCUGCUCUGAGCCCAUUGUUGUUCAACGUCUUUAUGAACAACUUGGGUUGUAUUGUGGGGAUGAUCAUCAUAUUUGCAAUUGACACCAAACUAGGAUGAGUAGCUAAUGCUGCAGAAGACAGAAUCAAGAUUCAAGAUGACUUUAACAGAUUGGAGAACUGGGCCAAAACUAACAAAAUGAAUUUCAGUAGGGGCAAAUGUAGGGUUCUACACUUAGACAGUAGGAACCAGCUGCACAGAUAUAAGAUGGGGGACACCUGGCUUGCCAGUAGUUCAUGUGAAAAGGCUCUAGAGGUCUUAAUAGACCACACACUUAACUUGAGUCAACUGUGUGAUUCAGCGGCAGAAAAAAAGCUAGCACUAUUCUAGGCUGCAUCAACAGAAGUCUAAUGUCCAGAUCAAGGAAAGUAAUAGUACCACUGUAUUCUGCCUUGGUUAGACCACACCUGGAAUACUGUGUCCAGUUCUGGGCACCACAAUUUAAGAAGGAUAUUGACAAGCUGGAAGGUGUGCAGAGGAUGUCGACCAAGAUGAUCAAGGGUCUGGAAACCAAGUCUUAUGAUGAAGAAUGGUAUGUUUAGCCUGGAAAAAAGGAGACCGAGAGGAGAUAUGAGAGCCUUCUUCAAAUAUCUCAAGGGCUGUCACAUGGAAGAUGGAGCAAGCUUGUUUUAUCCAAUGGCAUCAAGCUACAAGAAAGGAGAUUCUGACUAAAUAUUAGGAAGGACUUUCUGACAGAGCUGUUCAACAGUGGAACAGACUCCCUCAGGUUUUGGAGGUUUUUAAGCAGAGGUUGGGUGGCCAUCUGUCAUGGAUUCUUUCGUUGAAAUUCCUGCAUUCCAGGGAGUGGGACUAGAUGACCAUUUAUAUCCUUUCCAAUUCUAUAAUUCUAUGAUUCUUUGAAUCAUGAAUACAGAGGGAAACCUUUCCUACAUCUACACAGGCUCAUUUCAGACAUAGAUCAGGGAACUUAACUUGAUUCACUGUGAUAAAGGAACUGAUAAACUAUGGCUUGUGUUGGGCUGGUAAACCAGAAUCAGAAACCAGUGUUUGAAUUACGCUCACACUGUGGUUUGGUGUGGUGUCUGAAUUGGAAAAGCAGUCAUGGGACUGCUAAACAGAAGAGAGCAGACAAUAAUAUAUUCUGUAGUAGAUGAUACAUAACAUAUCACGUUCAAGGCACUGAACAUACAUUAUCAUGUUAUGAAAACAGUGGUGUGAGGUAGAGAUCUGUAUUACUAGUCCUAGAUGGCAGAUGGUCAGGGUUCCACAGUAUUUGACUGUGGGAGCCAAGCCACAAACUGCAGCUAUCAGGAUGCUGCUUUUCCACUGUCUUUGUAUCUCUGCUCAGUGUCAGCCACUACGCUACCUCAGUUCUCUUACAGCUGAGAUUUUCAACCUUUUUGAGUCCAUGGCUCCUUGACCAACUACAUUCUUUCUAUGGCACCCCUAUGGGGCUCAGGAGGCCAGUUGGGUCACCUCUUGCCUUCAGAGUGGGCAGCCUCUCACCCCUUUUCGAACACCCUCCCUUGUGGAGUGUUCCCUCAGUCUCCUCUCCUUGGGAGUCCUCCAGGCAGCCACUGCUGCCACCCUGGUCUCUGAGCUGCCCUCCCCGCCCCAAAGAGAGGUGCCUCUUCACACUGCCCCUCAGAGGCCUGGGAAGCACCCCCUGGCCAGCCCCAGAGGCACCAUUUGCCUGUGGAGCUUGUAGCCAGGGCUGCUGCAACAAACAGCUGUGCAAGCCUUUGGGAGGCAGAGAUGCGGGAGAGCAUCAGAGGAGGGAGGGAAGGAAAGAGGGACAGAGGCCAGUGUUGCCCACGGCACCCCAGACUAUCAUUCAAGACACCCCACGGUGCCACAGCACACUGGUUGAAAACCCCUGCCUUACAGCAUCCUUCACCAACCUGGGAUCCUGAAGAUCUUUUGGACUACAACGUCCAUCAAUCCCAGCAUCAUAUGGCCUUGGUGGCUGGGGCUGAUGGGACCUGUAGUCCAAAUUGUUGAAGGCUGCCCCACAACCUUAAUUUUUGAACUGGGAAUUAAUCUACUAAGAGGAGUGAAACAAAGGGAGCAUUUCUCUCCCAAAAAGUUUGUUCAUUUGAGGAGCUGCUGAAGUUAACUGAUGCCUUCUCUUUCUUUCCUGGUUACACACACAAAAUACCAUUCCUCUUUUGUUGCCCCUUUGUUGACUACUUUAGUUUCAUGAAUACCUUCUGGUGAGAGAUUUUGUCAAAGACUUUUAGAAAGUCUAAACCUGCCUUAUCAACUGAAACAGCCUUAGUUGCAAGGACAUUGAAAGCCAUGAUAAACUUGAUUAAAAUUGUCAAAGGAAGGGAGAGGAGCCCAGGAAUUUUACUCCUGAAAUGUUUUAGGUUGGCUUUUUGGAACCUGAAAUAGUUUUCCGGCACUUGAUAGCUUCUCUGCAGCAUAAUCUUAACUUGGAAAAUAUUCAGUGGUUUUGCUUGUAGUUGUUUCAUUUUCUUUUUGGGGGAAAAAUUAUGCCUGUGCUUUGAAGUGAUGACUUUGAAGAGGGGUGCGCCUCCUCUGGGUCCUACCAAGAAGUUUCUUUCUAAUGAAAUGGCUUUCAGAUGUUUCUUGGCAAUGUGUUUAGUGGACAUAAUAGACUGGUUGUAUGACUGGUGCUGGAGUAUUAUAGUAUGAAAUUCAAAGGAGGAGCCAUGGUCCUUCCUCCUUACCUUCAGGGCACUUGAUCAAUUCUGAAUUUCCCCCACAUGGUUUUUGCAGGAGAAACAAAAAGCAACUCAUGGAUCAGUUCAGCUUUUAGGAUUCUGAAAUAGGCUUUACUUAGGAAACUGCCUUGGUCGUCCUGAUGAUUAUUUUCUUAUUGGCUCAGAAACAAAACUGGUGACCAGUACAAGUUCAAGGUCUCUGAAUAUCUCAGCUGGUAGAGCAUGAGGCUCUUAAUGCAUAGGCAAGGGACAGUGAACCUCUUUGGAACCCAGUGAACCCAGCUGAAAGCUGUCUGUACUGCCAGGUGGUGUUUCAUCUGGGCACAUGUGGAGGAAUGCUAAGCUACGAAGGGUCAAAGCCGCUGAAGCUGGCUUUCCCAUUAUUUUCAAUUCCACAGCAUUAGGCCUCAUCAAUAGGUUGGGAGCAGGCUCUAAUUGGCCGCAAUAUAACCUAGCAGGGAAGCAGCCUAGAACAUUUCCUAGGUUAGAGACAUAUGUGGGGUUUGCAGGACAGGCACAGCCAGUGUUGUGGUCAACCAGAAGUAGCCACAACCCCCACCUUCCAGCCUAUGCACAAGCUACCCCAGUAAACACUGGCAGCCCUGCUUGUUUCAGGAAUGCUGAGCAGCCUUUGCGAGAGGAGGGUUGAACAGCUGCUGUAUCCUUGACCGACUUGGAUGGAGCCCAGGCAGCUUCCAGACCUGCCUUAUCUGCUCUCUGAGCAGGGCUGCGCUUCACAUUGGCAAGAGCUCACACAGAGAGAGUGUGUGUGCGUGUGUGGGGUGGGUGGGUGUGCGCGCACACACACCUGUGAGUGGGUUUAUGUGCAGGGUAGCAAAAGACUGGUUUACAAGACAACCACAGGCAGCUUCUCCAAGAAGAGGCUUGUUGGAGCUUGCCCACUCCACUGGCCUGUCAGUGCAGAGCACAAGUCGCUUAACAGGCUUCUGGCCUACAGUGGCGGCAGCAGCAGCAGCACAGGAGAGUGAAGUAACAGUGGGAAAUCUUGCAAUCUUUGGAGCGCUUUCCCAUACUAAGUUAGAACUCCCAGACGGAGGAUUUCUCAGGUCUUGGGCACACAGUUUCAGCACUCUGAUACGUAACUCUCUCCUGUGGCUGCCUAGAAGUUACUGGGCCCAAGUUAAUGUGUUAAUGUUGGCUUAAUGAGAGCCAGUGUGGUGCAACAGCUAGAGUGUUGGACUAUGACCUGGGAGGCCAGGGUUCAAAUCCCCACUUGGCUGUGAAGCUCACUGGGUGACCUUAUGCAGUCACUGUCUCUCAGCCUAAGCUCAGGGCUGUGAGGAUGAAAUGGGGAGGAGGAGAACUAUGUAUGCCACUUUGAGCUCCUUGGAAGAAAUGGUGGUAUAAAAAUGUAAUAUAUAAUAUAAACUUACAAAUCCUGAAUGAUUUGGGACCCAAAUGAUUUGGGAUGGAGUGCCUCUUCCCAUACUGACCAGUCCAGCCAUGACUCAUUGGUAGAGCAUCUGCUUUGCAUGCAGAAGACACCAAGUUCAAUCUCUGGCUUCUCCAGGUAGGAAACAUUCCCUGCCUGGGAUCUUGCAGAGCCACUUCCAAUCAGUGCAGACAAGACUGAGCUAUUUGGGCCAAUGGUUGUGUUCAGUAUAAGGCAGCUUCCUAUGUUCCUAAGGCUCUCAGUUCAGCAGGGGGGGGCCUUCUCUUUGCACACCAGCAAGUGUUCUUGCUGUGUGUGGGUGCAGGAUAGGCCCUUCUCCUUAAUUCUUCUCCAGCUGUGGAACUCCCACCCCCUAGAGGCACAGAUGGUCACAUCACAGAUGGGCUUCUGGCACCUAAUCAAAACAAACCUCUGCAAAUAAAUACCCAGGUCUUGGAGGGUGUGGGGUGAGCUUUGCUUUGGUAUUCUGGACACACAAGUGUUGUGCUUUGACCACUGCUUUUAACUGUGUUUUUUCUUAAUUUACUGUUGCAUUGUGUUGGAAACUGCUUUGGAGCUACAUUGAGGGGAAAAGUGGUUUAUAAAUAUUAUAGCUAAAAUAAAUAAUAGGCAGAUUGGUACCCCAGGAAAAAAAUCCUAAUUUGGGAGGCGAAUGGAGGGAGAUAGGGAUACAAAGAUAGUAAUAAAUAAAAUUAUUGGUAAAGGAAGUUACCUAUCACUUCCCCGCCAGCAGCUCCCAUGCCCCAUUUCAAAUUGUUCAACCCCACAGCUCUUCAGAGAAGGCUUAGAAUCAUAGAAUCUUCAAGUUUGAAGGGACCCAAGGGUCAUCUAGUCCAACCCCCUGCAAUGCAGGAAUCUUAGCUAAAGCAUCCAUGACAGAUGGCCAUCUAACCUCUGUUUGAAAACCUCCAAGGAAGGAGAGUCCACCACCUCUCGUGGGAGUCUGUUCCACUGCUGAACAGCUCUUACUGUCAGAAGGUUUUUCCGAAUGUUUAGUCGGAAUCUCCUUUCUUGUAACAUGAAGCCAUUGCCUCGAGUCCUCCCCUCCAGAGCAGGCGAAAACAAGCAUGCUCCCUCUUCCAUGUGACAGCCCUUAAGAUAUUUGAAGAUGUCUAUCGUAUCUCCUCUCAGUCUCCUAUUUUCUAGGCUAAACAUACCCAGCUCCUUCAAGCACUCCUCAUAAGGCUUAGUUUCCAGACCCUUGAUUAUCUUGGUUGCCCUCCUCUGCACACGUUCCAGCUAGUCAACAUCUUAUUAAAUUGUGGUGCCCAGGAUUGGACACAGUAUUCCAGGUGUGGUCUGACUAAGGCAGAAUAGAGUGGUACUUUUACUUCCCAUGAUCUGGACACUAGACUUCUGUUGAUGCAGCCUAGAAUAGCAUUAGCUUUUUUUGCUGCUGCAUCACACUGUUGACUCGUGUUAAGCUUGUGAUCCACCAAGGUACCACUGUAUUAUUAUUUUUAACCUCUCUUGCAAGCCUGAGGUCAUUCUGAGCUUUAGCCAGCUUGACUUCCCCCCUGUAACUGUUGGCUACUCGUAUAUACUCCUCCCUUGUGAUUUCCCUUUUCUUCCAUUUCUUAUACAUGCCCUUCUUAACUCCCAGCUCAUCUGUAAGCUCCUUAUGCAGCCACACCAGUUUCCUUAGAUGUCUCCCACUUUUCUUUCUUGUUGAUAUAAUCUGCAUUUGGGACUUCUCCUUUUAGAAACUCCCAUCUUUCUUGGACUUCCUUCUCAUUGAGUGUUUCUGACCAUGGGAUCACACCCAGUAGCUCCUUUAGCUUUUUGAAAUCUGCCUUCUUAAAGUACAGAGUGCAUGUCCGACUACACUCAGUUUUCCCUUGCCUCUGUUUCCUGAAACCCAGGAGAACAUGAUCUCUCCUCCCAAGUUUCUCAGCACUUCCACUUCAUCAGUUAGUUCCUCCCUGCUGGUGCUGUGGUUUAAACCACUGAGCCUCUUGGGCUUGCUGAACGGAAGGUUGAUGGUUUGAAUCUGCAUGAUGGGGUGAGCUCUUAUUGCUCUGUCCCAGCUUCUGCCAGCCUAGCAGCUCAAAAACACACCAGUGCAAGUAGAUAAAUAGGUACCGCCGCGGCAAGAAGGUAAAUGGCAUUUCCGUACGCUCAGUAUGGCUUGGUGGUCUAUAGCAGACACACACAGUAAGGUCACUGUUGUUUCUCUCUUCUACAAUUUUUACCCAUAUACUCUCAAUCUGCUUUUCAUGCUCCAGGUCAUGGAUUUCUUCAGAAGUGUACACAUUCUUUAUAUACAAUGCUACUCCUGCUCCCUUCCUGUUUGGUCUAUUCCUUUUGAACAGGCUUUAGGGAUUGUAGGUGGCUGUAAUGGAGAGAAGACAGUAAACUUUUCUUCCAUAGACUUGCUUAAGUUAACAUAUCUUAGAACCUAAGAGCAUAUGCUGCAUCAGGACAGUGGAACAUCUAGACUAGCACCCUGUUCUCACAGUGGCCAGCCUGUGGGAAACCCAUAAGCAGGAUUCAAGCACAUGAGCAUUGCUUCUUCCAACUGUAGAGGCAGAGUGAAGCUGUCAUGGUUGUAACCAUCGAUAGCCCUUUCCUCCAUGAAUUUGUCUAAUCCUCUUUUAAAGCUGCCUUGCUUGGUGGCCAUCACUGCCUCUUGUGUCAGAGAGUUCCAUAGUUUAACUCUGUGCUGUGUGAAGGAGGACAUUCUUCUGUUUGCCCUGAAGCUUCCAACCUUCAGCUUCUCUGGAUGUCCACAAGUACUAGUAUUAUGAGAGAGGGAAGAAAACUUUUCUCUAUCACUUUCUUCAUGCCAUGAAUAAUUUUAUAAACUGUCAUGUCACAUCUUACUUUCUCUAAAUUAAAAUGUCCCAAAUGCUGCAAACUUUCAUUGUAGGGGAGUCUUUGUAUUGUAAUGGUUUUUAACCAGAGUAGCAGUGGUGCUUAGGCCCGUUUUGAAUGGCUCUUGAGGGGUCAAGGAAGCAGCCUUGAAGGCUUGUGUUAACUUGAAUUAAAGGAUGUAUUGACUAAGUAUCUCUGUUUAAGGGAUACAGUUAACACUAUCAAAAUGUUUCCCUAAAACAAGAUACUUAGUCAGUAUAUUCUAUUAGGCAACACUACUAAAAUAACAGGCCUUUCUCCUAUGUGUUCAUAUGGAUGGUGCUACUUGCAUAAAGCAAUAGUGUAUAAGGAAAUGAAUGUCAAUUGAAGAAUUCACCAUAUGUACAGCAAUGGCCUUUCCUGGAAUGAUGAGAUGGGGAAGCACCUACCUGGGUGCUGAAUUUUCUGGCUGUUUAUUUAGAGCACCACCUUCUUGCUAGUUGAGAGGCUCCAGUUGGAAGAGUGAGAACCCAAGUGGCGCAUACAGUAAGCCCACAACUUACAGAGGGGUUACGUUUUUGUUGUUGUUGUUUAGUCGUUUAGUCGUGCCUAACUCUUCGUGACCCCCUGGACCAGAGCACACCAGGCACUCCUGUCUUCCACUGCCUCCCGCAGCUUGGUCAAACUCAUGUCUUGGUCAAACUCAUGUUCGAGAACACUAUCCAACCAUCUUGUCCUCUGUCGUCCCCUUCUCCUUGUGCCCAUAAUCUUUCCCAACAUCAAGGUUUGGAGAUCACACCUAAAGCCAAAAUUGCGAAUAGUCAAAACUCAUUGAGUUCAUGGCGGAUGGGAUUGCCAAAGCUUUCUGUCUGGGGCAACAUCACCAAGAUGCUGCUAGACUCUGGUUUGUUUGAUCCACUAGAACUCAUUAUUUCUGUUUUUCUUCUGUUGUUUCAGACCGGUUUGGAGUGCAGUUCAGUUGAUGGACCCAAAACAGGCCAAAUGGAAGAAGGGCCAUUUAGCCAUGUUGAAGAAAGAAGGUUGAGCGAGGACCAUAUGCCUGGCCUGGCCAAUGGAGGAGGAUCCCAAGCCGCUGGAAGAGGGGCCAUGCUGAUGGAAACACCUGCAUGGCUCAACAGCUCCUGCGCUGAGCAGAAAGCCAACUGGGAGAGGCUGCCAUCUGCCCCAAGCCAGGGAGACUCCUCCAGCAAUGCCAACUUGGAGGGUGCUCAGAACUUGGUGGAUUUCUCGGCAGCAGCAGAAGCAGCCAUGUCUUCACACGGGAUGGUGCCUCUGCGGUCCCCUUCCUUGCUGAGCAUGCAGCUCUAUGAGAAAUUCAACGCCGAGAUGAAUCGCAGCAGUGGGGUAGACCAUGACCUGGCAGUGCCUCUUUCCAGCACCUGCUCUGGCAAUGAGGACCUGACUGCUCUCAAAGCUGCUCUGAAUUAUGCAAAGCAUGGCGUCAAACCACCCAACUGCAACUGCGAUGGACCCGAGUGCCCAGACUACCUGGAGUGGCUUGAGAAGAAAAUCAGAUUGGCCACUGGAGAGGACCAGAGCUGCAUCCCACAGCCUCUCAGCCAGGAACACCAACCCCCCUUAGACAAUGGUGCUAAUCAUAAGCUGAUGCCUGCUACAGAAGAGAAGGAGGCUCCGUGUUCCCUGGAGGCCCUCCCUCUUACGGAAAAUGCACUGAAUAUUGCAAAGGAGAAGAACAUCAGCCUCCAGACAGCCAUUGCUAUUGAAGCCCUCACACAGUUGUCAGCUGUUCUUCCUGAGCCAGCCCAAGAGACUCCUCCCCCUCCUCAGAGUCCCUUGCAAGCCAUGGCAUUCAUCUCCAAGGAACAGCUGGAGCAGCCUUCCCGUUUCCCGGCACACAACCACCCCAACUCGGUGCUAUCUGAAUCCGGUGCUGAGCUGUACCAGAGCCAGGCCUCGAAAUCAUACAUGAGCCACAACCUGCUCCAAGCUCCUGCAUCAUCAGCACCAUCUUCCUGGCAGCAGGGAGCAAAGGUUGCUCAGGAUAUGGCCCCCUAUUGCCUUGAUCGCAACAAUGGACACCUGGAGCCAUCAGAGCUGUUCCCCAACUCCUCCACCCCGCAAAAAGUGGAGUUCCCCGAGCAGUGGGGUGAUGAAGGCAAGCUGAAGAGCAGCCUAUGGGGCCUGCAUUCCAACACCCCUCCUUCUCCACUGGUGAGUGAUCCCAUGGCUGAGCUGGAGCAGCUACUGGGCAGCGCCACGGACUGCAUCAAAUCCGUGUUCAAGCGACCUGAAGCAAUGCCCAGCAAAGCCAAAGCUGCCAAGCCAAAGCAGGAGCCAUUCGCCCAGAAGGACGACAGCCCCAGCUACCCCAAGGCAGCCUCCUCCAGCCCACAGCUAUCGCAGCUCCUGCAGGAGACGAACUUCCACAAGAAGACCCAGAAGGCUCUGCAGCACCACCUCCACCAUAAGCGCAGCCUUUUCGUGGACCAGAAGACACCUCCGGGAAGCCCCCAGGAGCAGAUGCCAAACUGGUGGGCUCCCAGCACCCAGGCCCAGCCACCACCACUACCAAAGCCAUCAGAAAAGCCUGUCAAGGAGAGGAAGAAGAAGGUCCAGCCUGAUAAAAAUACUCCAGCCAAGCCGCUGCGCAAGCAAGUCCAGAUCAAGAGGUCCAAGCAGAAGGACGCUCAGCCCCUCUUCCUCCCUGUCAGCCAGAUCAGCUUGGAAGGACUCCGCUCGGUUGCCACUCCAGAGCGUCCGAGCAAAGAGAUGCCGCCUGAGCAGCUCCUGAUCUCCAGCACCCCUCCCAGGCUCCUGCCCCCUCUUCCCAUGCCAGCCAGCCCUGCAGAGCAGUCUCCAUUGCAGAAGUUACUUGAAAACAGAAGCCCGGCUCCCAACACUCAGGAAACAUGCUGUCCCAACCAGGAGGAGAGCCAUUGCUACUACCCUGAGAACUCUGCAUGCAACACGGCUUCCCUUGCCACUCCUGUGCCUGGCUUUGCCCCUUGCUCAUCCUCUGUGGCCUGCAGCAACGGGCACGAGGAAGCCUUCCACAGGACUGCAAACCCCGCAGACCACCCUCUCUUCGCCCACAGUUCCAUCGCGAUGGAUGACAAGCUGGAGGAGCUGAUCAAGCAGUUUGAAGCGGAGUUUGGAGAAAAUUUCAGCUUUCAGAAUUCUGAGCUUCCUGCCCCACUGCUCCUCGGGGACGGGCCACUUUCAGCUCCCCACCCUCCUCCUCCUCCUCCUUCUCCUCUGCCCCCAUUGUCUUCUCUGAGCCAUUCUCCAGAGCCCACGGUGGGCUUAGAUGCAACUCUCCAGCCUCCGGCUAGCAAGGACUGCCCCCUUGGUGCUGCCAGUGCGGGUCACAAAACGUUACCCCUCUUGCCAGGGGCUGGGCAGCCUUUUGAAAACCCUUUUGCAGCUCGGUCCCCUAAGCAGAUAAAAAUCGAAUCUUCUGGUGCUAUUACCGUGGUGUCCACCACGUGCUUUUACUCUGAUGAAAACCAAAACACAGAUACCGCUUCCAUGGAAGGGACACCAACCAAGGAUAAAGUGCCGCUCAUGCCUACUCUCAGUGGAUUUCUGGAAUCUCCCUUGAAGUACCUGGACACGCCAACCAAGAGCUUGCUGGACACGCCUGCCAAGCGCGCUCAAGCGGAGUUCCCGACUUGUGACUGCGUGGGUGAGUCAUGUGAUUUCCCUGCCCCCUUGUGUCUUGCAAAGGAAUAAUCUUGAUUUCUAAAAAACGAAAACAAGUGUUGCCUGAGGGUGGGUUUCAGAAGAGGGUGUUUGUGUCUGUGCUCGCGUUGUGCACAUGUGCGGAGUUGCAUGGCAUUUGCACUCUCCACAUCAGGAUUUUGAGCUCUUGCAAAUAAUGCUGAGGCUUUCUGUGUUAACUCUGGCACAAGUUUGAAACAAAAAUGAAUCUGCAGCCCAGGUGUGAACCAGCCUGUAUUGCCAGUCCCUUCUAAAAGAUUACUUUUCACAAAACAACUAGCUGAGUCAUUUUAACUGACUGCUCUUCUAGUAGGGUAAUGGGGCCUAAACUACGUGUAUCUAAGUCAGUGGCCAUCACCAUACCUUGUAGCAGUGAGUUCCCUCAGUUAACUGUGCAUGAAGUGAAUAAGUGUUUCCUUUUCAUCUUCUUCAGAAGCAUGGGACUUGUUGCAUUUAAGGAGUGCAGGGGCACCGUUGCCACCAUUGAGGAAACUUUAAAGUUGUUUGCGCGCAAUAAGGAACUUUAAGGCCAUGUUGCCUGCACAGCAUCUGAUUGUAGGUGUGGGGUUAGCUGUAUGGGAAAAGAGCCUUCAGCUGAGUACAGGUGAAGGGAAGGGCCCCAUAGGGUUUUGAGCUGGCAGCUCUGCCCUUUCCAUUGAUGACCCCUGCAGCAGAGGUGCCAGUUUGGGCCCCAGAUUGUGGGUGCCCAGCGGCUCAUGCACGACAUGAUGUCAUUGAGUCACUUGCGUCACCAUGUGACUCCCACUGCCUUGCCUCCGCUGGCUCUCUGGCGUAACGGCAGUGACUGGGACAGGGCCUCUGUGGGCCCCAUGCAGAUGGUGCCUAUGUCAUGCCAUGUGAUGUCACAUGUGCAAUGUUUUGGGUUGCCUGGCUGGGCAUCCGGGCCCCCCAAAGAUGGCACCUUUGCCCUGCAGUGUGGUGGCUGUGAGCUGAAUACACCACAUGGAAAAGUCAGCUCUUUGUGCUGUGCACAUCAGCUUUCUCCAUAUGGGGGAGAAAUAAUGCAGUAAGAGAGAAGGUCGCCAAGAGGAGUUUACUAAGGACUUAGGCCAUCAGCUGCUGGUGAUAAAACCAGACGGCGCUGCAUGUCCAUUAUUGGUCGUUUGUCUGGAUGGCUGCUGUCCAGCUGAGAUUUGUUUUCUCUUUCUCUUGGCACUGGGCCACAAAGAUGUGCUUGGAAUAAAAAUUAGGGUUGGGUGAGAAAAGGGCGAUCAUGGGGGAAGCAGGAGUUCCUUUGUCCCUCAGAAACCUUCAAGUCAGCGACUUCCAACUUUGAAAGUGCUUUAACCCCUGUGGAAAGGAGCCUAUGCCAACAUGGCACACUCCCAGGGGGCCAUAUGGUGGGAAUUGUAGUCCAAAACAUCUGGAGGGCAUCAGGUUGGCAAAGACCAAUGUAAAGUUUGUAGAGCACCAGCCAUGGGCCAGAUGUUGUACUGGGCAAGUUCUGAAAUAUCUCCAAACUCUCUUGCUACGGCUGCCACAAUGUUUGAAGAAGCUGCACUUGGUGUGAUCUCCACCAACACCGUUCAUUAUGUAGCAGAGAAUUCUGAUGGUGGCCACAGGUCUCAGCCCACUUACUGGCCUUGCGUCAGUUGUAGCUAAUGUUGGUCCCUUCAGAUGUUGCUGAGCUGCAACUUCCAUCACCCCAAACUUUUAACCAGGCUGCCUGGGGCUGAUGGGAGUUGGGAUCCAACAACAUCUGGAAGGCCUAGCAUCAAUCAUCCCUGCCUUUCAUAGAUAUAAUAUAUAAAUGAUGUUGGUUUUCCUUUACCAUGGCUAUGUGUUUAGUUUGAAUUCCUGCCCCAUAGUGAAGUGUCGGCUGCAAUUCUGGGGUGUGGGGACCUGUGUGUGGUCAGGGCCCAACAAAUUCAUAAGCCAGCCUUCCUAAGCAUGUUCAAAGUUAUCUGUAAGUUACCAAGUGGCCAAAACUGGAAUAUAUGGUGUUAAGCCUUCCAGCUAGUAGUAGCAGCAGCAGCAGCAGCAGCAAAAAAGCAAUCUAGGAUGCAUGUUGCUACCAUUGGCUGUGCUCAGUGGGGUUGACAGGAGCUGAAGCCCAACAUCAUCUGGAGGGCAUCAGUUUGCCCAUCUAUUCUUUGCAUAGAAUCAUAGAAUUGUGGAGUUGGAAGGAAUCCCAGGGGUCAUCUAGUCCAACCCCUUGCAAUGCAGGAAUAACAGCUAAUGAAUCCCCAAUAGAUGGCCAUCCAACCUCUGCUUAACAACCCCCCCCAGUGAAGUGGAGUUCAUUCCACUGUCAAACAGCUCUUACCGUCAUAAAGUUCUUCCUAAUGUUUAGUCAGAGUCUCCCUCCUUCUCAUUUGAAUCCAUUGGUUCGGGUCCUGCCCUCUGGAGCAGCAGAAAACAAGCUUGUUUCCUCUUCUGUGUGACAUUCCUUCAGAUAUAUGAAGUUGGCUAUCAUAGCACCUCUCAGCUUGUCUCUUCUCCAGGCUAAACAGACCCAACUCCCUCAACCAUUCUUCAUAAGGUUUGGCUUCCAAACCCUUGAUCAUCUUGAUCACCCUCUAUGACUCAGCCAACCUCUCUGGCCUUCAUGCUGUCUGCUCUUGUGAAUAUCUUUUGUUUGUAUUUUUACAUAGAUUGAUAUCUUCCUCUGCCAGCUUCCUCUAGCAACCUCUCCAGGCAGUGAGGCUUUCAGAAGUGCCAUUGAAAUUCCCUUCUCCAGCUGUUUACAGUGAGCCUAUCUGUGUUAUCCUGCUAAGUCUCUUGGGAUAUUUUGUUAUACAGCAGGUCACACACCUUUAAUUUGUUGGGGGAGUUGCUUUUCAGGUUAGACCUUCAGCCCUGCUCUGGACCCAGUCCAGUAAGGCUGUCUUUGGCUUCCCAACAGUAUUAGCAGGCAUAGGCAAACUUGGCCCUCCAGAUGUUCUGAGACUACAAUUCCCAUCAUCCCUGACCACUGGUCCUGUUAGCUAGGGAUGAUGGGAGUUGUAGUCCCAAAACAUCUGGAGGGCCGAGUUUGCCUAUGCCUGGUAUUAGGCUCAGUUUUUUCCACCUGGAAAACAGGCAUAGUUUCUUCCUUCCUCACUGUAUUUUCAGAGGAGUAAUGACCACUCAUCAAGUUUUUCCCCUCAAUCUGAAAAAAGGCUCAAUGAAGGGAUUUGAUAAUGAGUGACUGGUUGAAUCAGGCUGUUAAGUAGCUAUGUACCUGGUCGCCAAUGGUGAGCAAGAAAUUUUUGCAAGUGACCAGUGAGUGGACCUGAGCCAAUGCCAAUUGUUUUCUUUUAGGGUAUAUCUUACUAACUUAAGGACCUCUGGGCAGGUGGGCAUGCAACUUUUGUGGACUUGUUUGCAAAACAAUUUUACUGUUUUAACAGUUAUAAAGCCAUCUUACAUGUUGUUAUGUCACUGAUUAACUGAUCUUUAGCUGGCCACUAAUUGCUGAGAUCAGGCCAUUUGGUCAGCAUAGACCAACCAUGCUGAUACCUUUGUAUUUCCUGCCCUAGCAAUGGAACUGGCCAAGAUUUAAGGAUUUCUGUUUUGGGUCUCUUGUUAUUUUAAAAUAGCUUGGCAACUGAGCCAAGUGUAGUCUGGCGGAAGCCAGUCUCCAUCAGACUUCAAAGAAAAGACCAGCUGUGUUUACACCCAACAGAGGGCAAAUCCUUGCAGCCUGCAACAGUGGAGCAAGUCUCACCUUACUGGAGGGUUUGGUUGCUUUUUUGUUUGCUUGUUUCAAGAACAAAUAAGGGAAGAAGGAGAUGAUGCUUCUCAAUUCUGGAAAGGCAACACCAUAGGUGCAGCUUCCAACAAUUGCCACAAAGCUGAAAUCAUGCUGCACCCAGGUUGGUGGCUUUUGCUGAAUUGGUUUUGAUGAGAGCCAAACACCAGUGUUCUAAAUUCCCAGGUAGGUACCAGGCGCAUUUUGCUACUACACAGGUCCAAUCACAACCAAGUGGAGAGUUUUGGGCACCAGGUUGGCAACUGAGCCAACUGACUUGCAUGCAGUCCUCCAUCAUCAGUUCAAGGAAAGUAGGUGCAGGGCUGAGUACAGAGAUAUUUGACUGUGCUGCAGCCUCUCCGCAGGCCACCCAAAGGGAACUCACAAACCACUGUUUAAAAACCUCUGCCUUGUUCCAUAGUUAAUAUCAUUUCCAUUUCGAUUGUGUGUGUUUCUCCGUCUUGCAUACUGGGACAAGUGAAUUGUUGUAAGAGCAAGCUACAGUCAAGCAAUGUAGUUGAGAUCAUAAACAUGUAGAAUUGUAGCAUUGGAAAGGACCCCAAGAGUCCUGCAGUCCAAGCUCCUGUGAAUCAACAUCUUCUUGUGGUGACCAUAACAUAGGUUUAAAGCGCCAUUUAGUGCCCUGCUUAUAUAUCUUGAGUUUCUAACACCACCAAGCUUGAUUCAGUCAGUUAGGGUUGCAGGAGCCUUUGGUGUGAUAGUUGGUUGAAAGGGACUGUGAAUCCCCCAGGACCUGCUAGGGCUUGACAGCAUGAACUGUCUUUUCCAUUUACUCUCAGAGUCAAAGGUAUGGAAGGUAUCAAGUGGUAGUUUCCAGGGCUUUACCUGCGACUCUGCUAGCAGAAUUGGGCCUUGGACUUGGACUUACACUUGCACUGUUGUUUCUGAGGGGAAGAGAGUGGCAUAGCGGUGAACUCAACCCAAGGUGGGGACUCUUGUCUUUCCAGGUAUGAAGUGAUACGGUGCCCCAAAAGUCCACAAGCUCAUAGAAUCGUAGAGUUGGAAGGGACCUAAAGCGUUGUCUAGUCCAACCCCUUCAAGGCAGGAAUCACAACAAAGAAUCCGACAGAUGGUGUUGGGUCACUGUUGCCAACUUGUGCAUGAAAUGGAUGAGACAGAGUGGGCCAAAAUCUGAUCCAUGGUCAGUGACCUUGGAACUCCAUUUAUAAUAGUAAUAAUACCUUUAUUGUCAAUGUACAACCUGUGUACAAUGAAAUUAACCAAUUUAAGCUCUAGUCAGGCCUCCUCCAGCUGCUCUCCAGCUUUUUGGGGCUACAGCUCCCAUUAGCACCAGCCAGCAUGGGUUUGCCAUUGUUCUGAUGAUCUAUGAGAAGCUGAAGAAGCCCUAGUGGCAGGGCGGUGAGGGCUGAGGACCCUGAUUUCAUUCUGUGUAAUGCGUAACACUGGCCUGACCUGCUCCUAGACCAGGCAUAGGCAAACUCUGGCCCUCCAGAUGUUUUGGAACUACAAUUCCCAUCAUCCCUAGCUAACAGGACCAGUGGUCAGAGAUGAUGGAAAUUGUAGUCUCAAAACAUCUGGAGGGCCAGAGUUUGCCUAUGCCUGUCCUAGACCUCUGACAGCUGCUUUCAAGGGGCUUGCAAAUAAAGCUUCUGGAGUCCUUUUUGGCAUUUAUGCAAUGUCAGAUGGGAAAGGCUUGGUCUGGUGGACCAAAUUGGUGUAAUUAAGCCCAAAGGCACAGGUGGGAAUGUUACUGUAGCUUUUCACCAUCUUACUAAGACCUGCCUUUUCUCCCAGGCCAACUAAUACUGCCUUAGGUCCAGGUGCUUUUGUACACCUCAUGGUCUUAGUGCAGUAACGUUGUGUUGUAGUGCCUGGAAUUGCUUUUAACUGACCUUGGUCUGUUGAACUACCUUUAUAUUGUUGUACAACUCUUUGGGGCUUCUGGUGAAAACUGGUUUAUAAAUUCUAUGAAAUAAAUCAAUCAAAUAAAUAAAUAACUUCCAUGAGUAGCCUUGUUGGUUUAUUUGAAGAUCCCAAAGUCAUAGGAGAGCAAUAAAUUGAUUAGGACCAAGUGAAAUGUCACAAACAACAUGAUCAUUCUUUCUGCAGGAUUUUUCUCUGUGAUGUUUUGGUUUGCCCCAGACUGUUUUUAACAGAUCACUGAGGCUGCUACCUUUAAUUAAGGUUUAAGGAUGCAGUCCUAACUAGGGCUGGGCGAUAUCUGCUUUCCAACAUCGUAAUAUAUCGCCAGCUAAACUUCACGAUGUGGCGGUAUAUUACGAUGUCAGAAAGGAGAUGGGGAGGAAGAAGGCAGUUGCCAGCCCUGGAUAUGAUUAGCAUCACCCUGUGCAACUUCUGCCUCUUCCUGGCAAGGCUGGGCAGGUGCCACUACCCUGGGCAGAGCACAGCAGCCAGGGCACCACAUGCCAGCUGCCGUUCGCCCCAAUGAUAGUCUCUCACUGUACAGGCGGUGGCUACCACAAACCACUGUUCUGCUCUGCGCAAGGAGGAAUGGAGAGAGGAAGCGGCACUCACAUGGCCAGGGAAAUAAAUGAAGGUACUGGCUUGCAGGCAGGCAAACCCCACUCCUGAGGCCAGCAGCUGGGCUGUGGGCUGUGUGUGUGUGUCUGUGUGUGUGAGCAGGGCCAGAGAUUAGUGGUACAUUGUAUGAUUGGAAAUUAUAAAAUUGCUCUUUCAAUUUUAAAUUUAAACCAUUUUCAGGCAACGUAUCAGUACAUUGACCAGGCCUAGUCCCAACCAUGUCUACUUAGAAGUAAAGUCCCAUGUAAUGUAGCUAACUCCCAGAUAAGUGAGGUGAGGAUAUUUGCAACCUUAGUUAAUUAACUGGUGAACGCAGUUUCAGCUGAGAGAGGCUACAUAAAUAGCUAGCUGUUGCUAUUCUGGUUCCAGUUUGUUAUUGUUAUAAAUACAGUGGUACCUCGGGUUAAAUACGCUUCAGGUUACAUAUGCUUCAGGUUAAAGACUUCGCCAACCCAGAAAUAGUACCUCGGGUUAAGAACUUUGCUUCAGGAUGAGAACAGAAAUCGCGCGGCAGCAACGGGAGGCCCCAUUAGCGAAAGUGGUGCUUCAGGUUAAGAACAGUUUCAGGUUAAGAACGGACCUCCGGAACGAAUUAAGUACUUAACCCGAGGUACCACUGUAUAACAUUAUUUUAUUAGGAAACAGAAGAUAUUGGCAGCCAUCCUCUUUUUCCAUCAGUGAGUUGUAUUUUUUGUUUACUAAAUUGUAGGUUAUCUUAUGACAAAAGGAUGCAGGAAGGGUAAAUCUCAGCUCCCAGCUAGUUGGUAUGGGAUUCAUUAGAACUGGCUUAUUAAGAUGGGCAUGUGGACCAUUUGGGAGCCUUUCAGAGAUGCAGAGCUGAAGGCAUUCCUGUUUUUCAGUCAGAUACCUUUGUUGUGCUCUGUGGAAACAGGAAACAGAAGCACUUUGUUUUCAGAGCUGGGAAAUAAGUUUUGAGCUCAAGUCAGGGUUACCAUUUGAGCAGUGAAGAAUUUUGUAUUUGUAGCUUACCUUAAUUACUAGGUCAGCAGAACGGAGAUCUUAACCAGAAGGGCUUUCCCCUGAUCUUGCUUAGGGCCUCUAGAUGUGGCUGCACUUUUGUCUGGGGUUGCAAAUAUCAGCCUGGGACCAGUCCUUUUUGCUACUCCAAGUAGGUGAGAAGUCCCUGCCACUAUAGGAUCUCCUGCAUGUUUCUUAAGGCAUUUGAAUGAAUAUCAAGAAAUACACAGCAGUAUUGCAGAGGGAGGAUGCACAUCUUUUAGCUUGUACUUUUGCUUCUUUGACACUACUUAUAUAUAAAAUGCCACCAGCUCUCAAGGAGCCGACAGGGAGAACAGGUCAUUUGCAGAACAGAGAAUGACAGUGACAUGGCAGCUAACUUACGGUUAGUUUCUUUAUUAAGGAAGCAGAACAGAGAAAACACUGAGACUUCUAAGGGUUGCUGCUAACUAGAUCAGGCAUCCCCAAACUCGGCCCUGCACAUGUUUCGGGACUACAAUUCCCAUCAUCCCUGACCACUGGUCCUGUUAGCUAGGGAUGAUGGGAGUUGUAGUCCCAAAACAUCUGGAGGGCAGAGUUUGGGGAUGCCUAAUCUAGAUGAACCAGUUGCCUGGACUGAGAAAGAAGCCACAAACAGCAGAGUUCCCCUCGGGGAACUUGGAGAAUUAGUAUAACGCUUAGCCUGUUCUUGAUGAUGUCACGGGGAAGACAACAGAGUCAGGUGUCUCCCACAGCUUCCCCUGUGAAACUCCAACCAGCCUGCCUGCCUAAUUGACCUUUCUUGCUGCUGCGGGGGCAGCAAGGGAGUAGUUGGGACUGGAGAACCUCCAGCCAAUAACCUCCAGUUAUUGGACUCUGUCAGCCUCAGCCGGCCUGGCCAGUGAGUCAGGAUAAUGGGAGUUGUAGUCCAGCAACAUUGGAGGGCACCAGUCCCUUACUCCUAGAAUAAAGGAAAAUUAUUUCUUUGAAAAUAAUUUUAGGCAACUUUUGAGCAUAAGCUUCGCAAAGUAGUUUGUAAUUUAUCAUGUUGUGUAAAUCACAGUGCAGUUUAAAAUCCCAGUUGUGUUUUGGUGAGCUGUGCUUCUGCCCUCUCCCCUCCCUACCCCCUCGUUUUUGCAGUUUCAGUGGGGCAUCUGACCAAGGGCUUCAUUCUGCCCACCUUCAGCUUAACAAACCUUCAGUUACACCUGCUCCCUUUGCUAUAAAAAGGCAAAGACACCGAGGUGAAAUAAUUCAUCUGGUUUUGUUUUUAAACAGAGCAAAUAGUGGAAAAAGACGAAGGGCCCUAUUACACCCACCUGGGAUCUGGACCAACUGUGGCAGCCAUCAGGGAACUCAUGGAAGAACGGUAAGUUGCAAAACAUGUGCAGUUUAAAAAUAUCUCUUCUCUUUUCUCUUUUAAAAUUCUUGCAUCAACAUAGAUAACCUUCAACACUUUGAUUCUGUGAUCACCAUAACUCCCUAUAAAAGGGAGCCAAUAGGAAAAGCGUGCAGGUGCCCCAUAAUUUUUUUAAAAAGUUUUUAAAACAGGUCUUUUCGGCAGAAGAGGUAUUGCACAAAACAGCUGUGUUAAAAAUAGAAAUUUUCCCUUGUCAGAUAUAGGAGGUGGGGAAGGGAAAGGGAAAGAAACUAAGAAUAAGGUUUUCAUGCAAAUGACUCCAAAUCCUUGCCUGACUUGGAGUGACACAAAUUUUAUAUAUUUACUGAAGUUCUGUGCAAAUCUGGAAUAUUGAAAAACUUACAUUUAAAAGAAGAAUGAAAAGGAAUGUGUGCCUGACAGGUAUGCAAAUACCUGUGCACAUGUCCCCAGUAGACUUUUCUGUGAUUCUGUGGGAAUCUGGAAUAUUGGAAAACUUGUAGUUCAAAAUUAAAUUAAAGAAGUGCUUACACACAAAGAACCAAAUACUUGCACGCAGUGCCCAUAAUGGGCCUCAGACUUUUGGAACUUACAGUGUGUGGGGAAGUACUAUUUGGGAGCCAGUGUGGUGUAGUGGUUAGAGCAGGCAUAGGCAAACUGCCCUUCAGAUGUUCUGGGACUACAACUCCCAUCAUCCCUAGCUAACAGGACCAGUGGUCAGGGAUGAUGGGAAUUGUAGUUUCAAAACAUCUGGAGGGCCGAGGUUGAGGAAGCCUGGCCUAACCUAUCUUGAAGGGGUGAUGGCAAUUGGAUGAGGAGGGAGAGAACCAUGUAUGCCACCAUGAGCUCGUUGGAGAAAAAGGUGGGAUAUUAAUGCAACAAGCAAACAGCAGCACACAGCAUGAAUACAUCCCAUCAGGCGCUACCCACUAGUGUGGACAGGAAGCACCAAGAUGGGCUUGGGAGGCAUAAUAAUUUUGAAAGUGCUCAUAGAUGGUUGAAGGUAUACAAAUGUGAAUGUGGAAACAGUGACCCACAUAUGCCUGAAACCUUGAAUGUCCUAGUGUUGGUGCAGCCUUGGUGGAGAUUCCUCUGCCUCUGGACCUACAGACCUCUCUGCCUCUUCUCCUUUCUGCUUUGGCCCUUAGUGCUGCAGGCGUACAGUCUCAGUCCUCCGUUUUGACUGGCAGGUCCAUAUAUGCUGAGUCAGGCAUUCAGCCCAAAGACAAAGGGCCUGAGCAGACCUCUUCAUUUUCCUGUUAUAUGGCAACAUGCAUUGUGGUCUGAAACCAGCCAACCCAGUUGAACUGAUCUGAACUUGUUUGUGUGUUACUGAUCCUGAUCACUUUCCCACCACCUAGACUUUUAAAAACACACGAGAAAACAGUUUAAACAUACUAGCAAAUUGGUUUCCUCCUUUAGAGAGAAGGGUUUUAAUAUAAAUUAUACUACACAAAUUAUAUAUGUGUAUGUAAAAGUAGCAGUUGUUGAAGUACGUUAUCUCUUAGUUGGUUCCAUUCACAGUAGAAGCAUUGAAACUAAUGGGCCUGCGUUAGUCAUGUCCAUUCAUUUCAUUGGAUCUUCUCUGAGUAGGACCCACUGAUAUUAUUUACAUGGGGUGGGGGGCAGCACACGUCUUUUUUGCAUAUUCAGAUUCAGUGAAAGUAAACCCUUCAAUGUAAAUUUGGUUAAUUUUUUUUUUAAGGGAAGAUAUGCCUCUAGUCUUUAGAUUAUUAAAAAAACCUCCCAAAUUAAGGUGUUGUUGGUUUUUUUAAAAAAAGGGUUUAAUAAUUACUUGUGAAAUGUGGUAGAAAUCUAUUGGAAGACAACAUAUGUCCUACUUCGCAGGGUUGGUGUGGGGAUUUAAUUAAGCAAGGGGAGAACCAUGUACUUCACCUUGAGCUCUUUGGAGAAAACGGUGGGAUAUAAAUACCAUAAAGUAAAUAAAGUCCACAUGAGUUUUCUGAGAAGGGAGGAGGGAGCAUGCAGCUUGUUUCUCAUCCUCCAAAUCAUGGUUUGGAGAAUUGUUUGAAGACUGCCAUGUUUUUAAAAAGGGAAGGUUGGGCUGAGGCUCACAUCCUCUCAACAUUAAAAAUGUAAGAUGUUCAGGUACUUCUUUUAAUUGUUGCCAGUAGAAGUGUUGUCUCCCUGGCUCAUCCAGAAGGUCAUUUGAAUUUUAGGUAUAACAUACAAGAAAGAGGUGCUUUCCCCCCUAUUGUUUCCGUUGAGGAGUUUUGCCCAGGCAACAGGGAGGGUUAGUGCUGCAGACUGCUUGCAGGUGGGCCGACACAUGUUCAGACUGAUUAGGUUACUCCCCUGCAGUUGACUCAUAGACUGCUGAAGAAGCUGAGUCACCUCUAAACACAUUGCCACUGAAUCACCACCGCAGGCAGCACAACCAGGGCUGGGAGGCUGACGAUCCUAAAGGCGGAGGUGGGAAACGUACCUCUGUGCAUCAAUAACUGAUAUGAAGAACAUCUCCCACGCUCAGUGAGUCCUUUUGAGAAGCACGUCUUCUGCAAUAAAGUGAAAUGCAACCUUUUCCCAGUGAAUAGCAAAGCCCCAGUGUGUGACCUCCGGUAUCCUGGAGAUACUGCUCUUUGGGAAGGUUGAGUUGCAAUUAAUAGAACUAAUGUAGGAAGUUGUAUUUGCCUGUCUCUUAGCUAUGAUGCCCCGAAGCACUGGGAUGGCAAAACAAUAACCACACCAAGCAUUUUAGAGUACAUGUUGGGUGAAACAUACACAAACCAGUCCUGGCUUUCAUAAGCCUUGCACUUGCAUGUAGCCUCCCUUUGCUCUUCCUUUCACACAAGCAGCUGAACAAGUCAUGUUUCAUUUCCUAACCACAGCUUCCUGUUGCAUCCAAACUCCUAAACUAUGGUGAACAGCUCGCAAACGAGCUAGAAUAUUAAACCAUGGUUUUGAAGUUAGCUUACUAUCCUGGCUAGAAGGGCUGUCUUAAGCAUAUGCGGCGCUGGGGUGCAAAGAUCCGCCCGGCACCUGCCUCCCCAGGUUGCCCAGUCCUAGGCACGCAGGAGGGUGGAGUUGGCUGGCCGUCUCAGCGUCUUGCUGGCUCGGUCGCCCCUGAACUUGCAGCACAGAGCCACCCACAGCAGAAGAGCCCACUGUGGCGCUCCGACCGACAGGCCGGCUCUUCCCCGGACUCAACUCUCGGGCCCCGGACUCUUGGCCUGCCACCCCUGAGAUCCCAGCGCCCAGGUGCCCUGCACCUCUAGCGCCUAUGGGUAAGAUGGCCCUGCUGGCUAGUUUGAAAGCCAUUUGGCAAGUGGAAGCCCAACCCACCUUGUAAUCUUUCUCCAGUCUUUCAGGAAGAGGUUUCACUCAGAUAGUCCUCUAGAGCAGAGCUCUCAGUCAUGUGCCCUGUUUGUCUUCCUAAUGUUGUGACUUUUCCAACCAGGUAUGGUGAGAAGGGAAAAGCCAUCAGAAUUGAAAAAGUGAUCUACACAGGGAAGGAAGGAAAGAGCUCCCGCGGCUGCCCCAUCGCAAAGUGGGUAAGUGGCUGCCCUCCUUUCCCCUGGCAUUUAGCAUUUAUCCCAGAAACCUGGCCGAAUAGCAGUUCCUAUGCAGUCACUGCCAGCAAACAAGAAUGUUCCCAAAUUCUUCCCCAAAGACCCUCAAUAACUCUCAUUGCAGGAAUAGUGGAAGGAAGAUACAAUUUCAUAGUGGUGGGGGUAGUGGAGGAGGAGGAGAGGGGCAAGGGCUCUCACCUAGGAUGCCACUUCACUCCAGUUGGUGGGCAUAGCAGUGGAGGAAGGCUUCUACAGCCCACUUAUGGUCUUUCCAGAGGGAUCCGGCUGGCCACCGUGGGAAACAAGAUGCUGGACUGGGUGGGCUUUUGGUGGUCUGAUCCAGCAGUUAGGCGUCUCUUAUGUUCAGGCAUUGAUGUGCAGCACUGCCACGCCAGGGGAGUCAGCAGCAACUACAGUUCCUUCAAUUGUAUGGAAAAUAAGUCUACAGUGUGUCACUUUGCCCCAUUAAUGUUGACUUCUCUUUGGGCAGUUCUGCCCAGGAGGCUGGGCAGCACCACUCUGGCCCCGUUGGGGGAGGAUGGCAGGGUGAGGUUGGAGGCUGUAUUUUCCUUAACCAAGCAAUAUCCUCUCCUGUUUUCCAGGUCAUCAGGAGGCACAACUUAGAGGAGAAGCUCUUGUGCCUGGUGCGACACCGUGCUGGUCAUCACUGCCAGAAUGCUGUCAUCAUUAUCUUGAUUCUGGCCUGGGAGGGGAUCCCUCGUGCCCUGGGGGACACCCUGUACCAGGAGCUCACUGACACGCUCACGAAAUAUGGAAACCCCACCACCCGGCGAUGUGGGCUGAACGACGAGUAAGUUCCUUUAGCCCUGGCCAGGCUGCUGGAGACAAGAGGCUGGUGGGACACAGCAUUUUCUCAGAGAUCUUGGCCGGGAGGAGACAAAGCAGCUAACCACAGCCCUGUUCUGCUUGUGUGUGUGUGUAUUUAUUUGCCCAUGGUUUACUGUGCAGUAUGAAGUUUGCCUCACUUGCCUGAGCAAUGGAAUUGAUUUACUGAAAGUUUCCUUGGACUGGGGAGAGGCGGGUCCUUUAUUGACUCCUGAUUUCUGCUUCUGAAGAGGUGAACAUGUUACCUCAAAAACUAACAAGUUUCUCCUGCUUUCCCUCCUUCUUUCUCUCCCCUGACUACCAUUGAUUAGGGGCCAAAUAGAAGAUCCUUGGGUCCAUAUCAAACUUGCCCCCUCCAGACCAACAUUUUGAGCUCUUCCCUGCUUAAAAUUAUCAGAUUCAGUGAUAGCGGGAACUGGCAAUCCUUUUUUAAAAACAACAAUCUUGACAUGAGACAAAAAAUACUAGAACCACACCGUUGGAACCGCCCCCACCAGAGCACUUUUACCUUCUGGAGCUGCUGUGCCAAAUGGGCCUUAACCCUCCCAAGCAAGGCAAAGGGUUUUCUUUAUUUUUAAGUUCUUUGCCUUGCUUACCAGCUCCAGGAGGCUCUCAUAGGGAUGUGUGAGACAUCAUGAGAGCCUUUCAGAGCCCACAUGAGAGCCUUCUAGUAAGCAAGACAGUAAGCAAGACAGAGAUAAAAUAAAACUUUAUUCACAUUAGCCAGUGGCCAUAGCAACAGUAAAACAUUACAGUAUACGCAGAAAAGGAAAUUUGAUAUAAGAGCACAAUUUAAAGUCCUGAAUCAGCUGUCAGUUAGUGGCCCUUAUUCUGAUUGUCUCUGUUAUGAACCUAGCAACCUUUGCUGUUAUCUGCUCAUUUUGAUCUGACAAAAGAAAGGACAUUGUGGCCGUGGCUGAGCGCCCUGGGAUGGUUAGUACGAGUGGGGUGAUGAUCUCAUUCCUCAGGUCUUUGUAGAGAGUGCAAGACAGGAGGACGUGUGCCGCUGUUUUGAUGCUACCAUCUCCACAGGGGCAAAGACAUUUCUCAGGUGGGAUCUUUUGAAAUCGACCCUCAAGUACCGCAGGUGGCAAAACAUCCAGUCUUGCAAGUGUAAAAGCACGUUUGUAUUUUGGGAUAAUAAGUUUGUGUAGAUAUGGGGCCAGAGAAUCAAAAUGGAGAGGUGGAAAAUGAACAUACCAAGGGCAGAAUUUCCUUAUAGCGUCCAGGUUGUUCUGAUGCUCGAUAUCUUUUAGACGUUGACCAAUUAGACUGUUUGCUUUAGUAGGGCCCAUAGUGAGUAGGUGUUGUGGGGAUAGGCCGCAAGAGUAAAGUUUUUGAUAGAUGGUUUUAAGCCAGGCACUUUUAUGGGAGUCUUGAAGUACUAGGGAUAGUAAACCAGGGAGAUUUGAGUUCAGGCGGAGCCAGAAGUUAAGAGUUCUUUGCCAAGUCUGUACUUCUACUGAAGGGAGACUUGCCUCCAGUCUCAGUGAUGCGUUUGGGACGCAUGGCGGUACAGAAAAAAUCUGCCUUAGAAACUUUGAUUGAACAGCUUCCAAAGUGCUAAGGUCCAAAUCUGAGCCCCGUAUAGUAGCUGUGCUAGGGGUUUAGAUUGGAAGACUUCUAGGGCUGAUGGUAUAUGUUUGCCACCCUUUGUAUGGAAAAAGCAAGUCAAUGUCUUGGCACUUUGGGAUGCUUUUUCUUUUGCACAUUUUGGUGUGCUCCCCAUGACCCCAUGGACUGGAAGAUAAGGCCCAAAUAUUUGAAAGCUUUGACCUGUUCAAUUGGCUGAUUGUCCAUACGCCAACUGUGGGGCCUAUAUUUUCUUGAGAAAACCAUAACUUUGGUUUUCUGAUAGUUUACGACCAUGUGUUCUCUCUGGCAAUACACUGAGAAUUCUCUUAUCAAUCUUAUUAGGCCCAUUUUUGUUUGGGAUAAGAGGACUGUGUCAUCAGCAUUUAAUAGUACAAAGAUUGGUUUUGAGGCCAGUUUAGGGGCAUGGAACUCUGGAGAUGUUAGCCACUGGACCAUGUCAUUUAUGUAUAGGUUGAAGAGUGCCAGAGCUAAAAUGCAUCCUUGCUUGACUUCCUUUGUGGCUGGUACAGAUCCUGUAAGUUGGCCAUUUGUAGAGCAAUGCACUUUCAGCACAGUGUCUUUAUAAAGGCAGUUAAUAAGAUCUUUUGUCUAUGCUUGAGGUGUUCAGUUUAGCCCAUAGUCUUACUUGUGAGAUUGAGUCAAAAGCAGCUUUCAAAUCAAUGAAAGCAGCAUACAGCACAUCGCGAGAUUGCUUGGCGUACUUAUCUAUGAGGUGGGCUAGGACGAAGCAAUGGUCUAUGGUAGAUCUGCCUUGCCUGAAUCCUGCUUGCUCUUCCGCAAGGAUAGCCUCAACAUCAAUCCAGUGGAUUAAUUUAUUGUGGAGGUGUUUUGCAUAUAAUUUACUAACUAUAGGUAAGAGGCUGAUAGGUCUGAAGCUGGCUGGAUCCGAAGUAGGGCCCUUUUUGAAUAUUGGGAUGCUUACCGCAAUGGCCCAGCUGUCAGGGAGUAAACCAGAAGAAUCAAUGUGAGAGAAUAUUGCCGCAAGCAGAGGUGCCCACCAGUCAAUAUUGGACUUCAAAAGUUCUGGGGGCAGGUGAUCAAUGCCUGGGGCUUUAUUGUUUUUUAGCUGUGUAAUUAGGUCUUUUACCUCAGUCGUGGACACUGGGGGCCAAGCUGGUAAGUUUUCUGGAGAUACUGUUGGGUGAUUAAACUGAGUAUCCUGGUCUACGAAAAGUGAGCGGUAGUACUGCGUCCAUUCUUGGGGUUCGACAGUACAAAUUGGCCCUCUCCAUGCUCCAGUAGGCCUGAUAUGGUACGCCAGAAACAGGAUGUGUCCUUGUUGUGCGAGGCCUUUAUUAGGCUGUACCAGGCGUUUCUUUCAGCUCUGCAAGACAGAAAGCUUAAAAGCUCUUUCUGUGCUGGGGAAUACCCUGUACAAAAAUAGCUUUUAAGCUCUCUGCAUUCUGUGCAUUCAAUUUGUGCAGUUUUAGCUAGCCAGCCUUCAGCCAGGUAAAGUUGAAACCGCACAUGUUACCUCUACACAAUAAAUUGUUACCUGUACACAAUUCUGAGUUACCUGUACACAAUAAAUCGUAGCUAUGUGUGUUAGAAAGCUCCCGUGAUUAUGAACACUUAUUUAGAGAAAAGACAAUAAGAUUUAAGCUCAUUAAAAUAUUGCAACAUAUUAGCCACUGAUAAGACAGAUAUACAUAACAGUUAACACACUACGUUGCAAGCACAUUAAAAGUUAAUCUUGGGAAUAAACUUCACAUCACAUUAAUAUGAGCACAACCCAUACCUCCCACAUUAUCAGAAAGGAAAGGAAAUCCCCUUAACUGCUUUAUAAGUCAAUGCUUUUUAGAGGUCAAGUUUUGGUUUAUGGUUGGGCUCCCUUGAUGGGCACCUCCUGAUGGGGGGAUUUGGCCCUCCCAACUCAUUUGUGGUUGACACCUUUAGAUUCAGUGGGUUGGGAAUGGCAAGAGCACAGGUCAGUAGCUCCAUUUGGCUGCUGUGGACAGCAUCUGAAAUGCCUUCCUUUGUAUUCAUUGCAGCCGGACCUGUGCGUGUCAAGGCAAGGACCCCAACACCUGUGGUGCCUCUUUCUCCUUCGGCUGCUCUUGGAGCAUGUAUUUCAAUGGGUGCAAAUACGCUCGAAGCAAAACGCCCAGGAAAUUCAGACUUCAGGGAGACAACCCCAAAGAGGUUAGUGAGACACCCACCCACCACUGCGCCUCCCUUUGUUUUGCUUGUUCAUUUUUCAUGGGGGAUUCCACCAGCAUCUCUUAAGGGGAAGAGCAACGACAUGGGAUUCUCGCAAAGUUUAUGUGAGACUUCCCCCAAAGUAGGCUGACCAAAUACCUGCUUGCAUUUGGUCAAGCAAGUCAUUGCUUCCUUCUUGUAAACGUGAAAGGGCUGGAAAAUAGCCUCUACAAACCAUACCAAAAAUAAGUGGAUGGAAAAGUUUUGGAAUUUGUCCUAAUGGCAAAAAUACUUAAGAAUUGAAGGAGGGGGCUGCUGGCGGCACUAAUAGGGAAACCGCAUCACGAAUUGUAACCAUUGUCCUUAUUACUCCAGAAUGAAUUUCUUGCUUCCUCAUUUGAAAGGUGUUCACAGUUCUUAUAAAUAAUAUAGGUUAUUGAUCACUAUGGAUUGCAUCCAACUAAGUUCUACUCAGAGUAGAUCAAGUGAAAUGAAUGAACCUAAGCUUGUCAUGCCCAUUAAUGUUGGUGGGUCUACUAUGAGUAGGACUGGCAUUUGGCUACAACUCUAUGAUGCUAGCUUUUAAUAUUUGGUAGAAAGGAUUGGGUCCUGGUGAAACGCUUGGAAGUAUUACCCCUUGUUUCGGAAAUGUCCUUGCCGGCACUAGUUUUUGAUGCAGCUCCUUUGAAAUGCUUUACUAUGGAUCCAUUAAAAAAAGGUGAAAGGGUUAGAGGCUAUUGUCCUGUAGAAAAGCCCCUGCUUUGUGUGUAGAAAGUCCCAGCCUGAAUGAAUCUCUGACAUCUCCCAUGAAAAAGGAUCACAGGUGGUGACAGCAAGGUAGGAAAUGACUCUGGGCCUCAGGGAGAUGCUGUUGGCUGCUGGGCAUAGGAGAUUGAACUAGGUUGUCUGACUCAUCAAUGAGCAGCGAUGACUCUCCCAAUCUCUCACUGCAGGAAGAAGUUCUCAGAAGAAGCUUCCAGGACCUGGCCACAGAAGUCGCCCCACUUUAUAGGAGGCUGGCACCCCAGGCCUACAAAAAUCAGGUACCUGGAAUGACCCACCAUAGAGCUCUUGUUAUUAUUGUGCUACUGAUUUAGGUAUAGAUCCCAGUGGUUCUCAAACUUUUUUCUCUGGGCCAUAUUUCAGAAUAAAAGUUUGCUUGUGCCACACUGAAUUUUUGGCUGGGGGUGGCGUGGGGACCAGCUUCUAGCAGUGCUUGACUGGUAACAUUGAACACAUCUACUUGAUAUGCUCACGGGACAUCCAGAAAGGAUAAAACAAUGCAGCUACAUAAGAACAUAAGUCAUUCCAAAAUAUUAUUAUAAAGGACCUCUUUCAUAUGUGCCUCACAGUGAGAGGCGUAAGCUUGCAGCAUCACUUGAUGCUCUCAUGUUAAAAGAUAGCUAUCCCUAUUCUGCAAUAAAUAAAUGAUACUAUACAAUACUGAAAUGUUUAAAUGUUUCUUUGAUUAUCCUCAAAUCUUCCCACCACGCUUGCCAUCCUCUCCUGCUGGUGUGCCACAGCCUUUAAGAACCAUUGACCUAUACUGGCUAUGAGGCUGUUGCCAAGGUCCGUUGCAGGAAAUGCUCGUGAUUCGUUGCAUACUGGUUUGACUGGUUUACAGCAGUCUUUGCCCAGCCUGCUAUCUUCGAGAUGUUGUUGGAACUCAUCUCAGCUCCCCAAACAUUGGCCAGCACUGCCUGGGGCUAAUGGAAGCAACAUCUGGAGAGAACCAGAUUGGCACUAGAAGAAGGCAGUAUAAAAAUAUUGAGCAAACAAAAGAUGGAGCCCAGGGUGGGGCUAGGUAAAUGAAGGUUCAGGUCUUUGUGUAAUCAUAGAAUUCUAGAGUUGGAAGGCACCCAAAUGGCCAUCUAGUCCACCCCUCUGUAGUGCAGUCUUGUUUUCAAGGACAGUCCAGUCUUGGACUGCAACUCCCAUCAGCUCCAGGCAGCAUAAUGUUGGAUUCCAGGGCAGAUGGGAGGGUGGCUCUGGUGGCUGGGGCUGAUGGGAGUUGGAGUCCAAAAUAUCUGGACAGCACCAGGUUGAGAAAGACUGCAGGAGUCCAUUGAAAGUGUGGAUGUUGCUUUUGUCUUGGCACUCAGACUUUAGCCCUUUGUCCCUUUACAGCUCUAACAAAUGCCCCCCUCUCCCAGCUUGUGGAAAGCUGUCCCCAGAGAGGCAUGCCUAGCCCCAUCUUUGCCCACUUUUAGAUUGGAGGCAGGGGCUUUUACCUUUCCCAAGCCUUUUGGUCUCUUCUAGUGGUGUGGGAGCUGUAGUACUGCCUCCUCUCCCUAUCUAAAGCUAUGUUUUUAGCCUUUAUUUGUGUUGCUGUGUUUUUACUUAUUGUUUUUAUUUUACUUUAAUGUAAGCCAUUUGAGUUGCUGCUGCUGCUGCUGCUGCUGCUGCUACAUUUACAUUUAUUUAUAGCCCGCUUUCUCCCAGGUGGCUUACACAAAUUAAAACGACACAGAUAAAAUUCAAAAAUUUAAAAAUGUAUGAAAGACAAUUGUUACAAAAUAAUUAAACUCCAUCUGAUGUCAACUCCAGGGUGACUUCAGUAUCGUCUUAUUUUUAUUCUACUUCUGACUGUGUUCUGUGGGGAGAGGGAGGGUUAGGGAAAUUAGGUGAGUUUUUCUUGUUUUGUUCAACUUCAUGCUUUGUAUUACAUAAUAAUAAUAGUAAUAAUAAUAAUAAUAAUAAUGUCACAACAACAGGUUUUAAAACUUACAUAUUAAUAUAAACAAACAAACCAUACAUCUUUCCCAAGGUACUGCUGUGAUUUGAGUUGUUGCUGUCUUUUCUCAUCAGGUUACAAAUGAGGAUAUAGCAAUAGACUGCCGGCUUGGACUGAAAGAGGGGAGGCCCUUCUCUGGUGUGACAGCGUGCAUGGACUUCUGUGCUCACGCUCACAAAGAUCAGCAUAACCUUUACAAUGGCUGUACUGUGGUAAGGAAGCAUCAUUGCUCAUUUUAUUAAUUAUUCAUUGCAUAAAUGAUACAGUAACAGCAUUCAUUUUCUUCAAGGAGCUCAAGGUGGCAUACAUGAUUCCCCCCCCCCCUAUAUUUUUAUCCUGUGAGGCAGGUUGGGCUGAGAGGCAGUGAGUGGCACAAAGUCACCAGGUGAACUUCAUGGCUGGAGGUUUGAACCCUGAUCUCUCCCAGAUCCUAGUCUAACAUUCUAACCACUACAUCUGGCUCUCAUUUUGGUUUUAGUGUGUGUGUUUUUCUUUUUUUCUUUUUGCAUUUCUUUCUGGAAAGUUCCACAGGGGUGGCUGUCUUAGCCUGUUACAGCAAAGCUGCUAAGAUUCUUGUAAGCCAUUCUUCACCAACAUGGAACUUUCCAAAUGCUUUGGACAACUGCUUCCAUCAGCCAACUUAAGAUGCAGCUGACUUUGUGCAUUUGACUAAAUGAACUCUAAUCCAUGGAAACUUUCUGACGAAAUCAACUUUAAGGUGUCACCGCAGUUGUGGAAGGAAGAGUAGGGGGCUUGUUGGCUAAGCAAAGAUACUUUGUCUUUAUUGUGGGAAAGUGUAGCAGAAACUGAAACGCAGCUCAGGGAGACCCAAAUUAAAGGAGUACAUGGCCUUAAGACAACCUUCGGCAACCUGGUGUCCUCCAGUUGUUUGGCUACAACUCUCCUGGUUGGAGCUGACGGGAGUUGUAAUCCAGCAGCCUCUGGUGGGCACCGGGUUGGAGAAGGCCACCUUAAGGAAAUGAAAUAUGAUGCCUGAAUGAGGAUGGAUGGAUGACUGUGAUCCAUGUCAUGUUUGCUGGUUGGAAGAUUCAUGGAGGAGAAGGUUCUUGAUGGCCACAAUACACGAUGGCUCGGCAGUUGGAGGCAGCAGUGCUUCUCUAAGUACCAGCUGCUAGAAAGCACAGGAGAGCAGAGUCCUUUUGUGCUCAAGUCUUGCUUGUGGGUUUACCUUUGGGGCAUCAUGUUGGCCCCUGUGAGAACAUAAUGCUGGCCUAGAUGGGCCAGUGGUCUCAUCCAGCAUAUGUUCUUAUGUUAGGCAUUCAGCCAUAUACUCAUGGUGUCUCGCUUUAGCAUUUUUUUUUUUAAGUGUUUCAAUAUGUGCUUCAAAUACCCAUCUCUAAACACAUUUUUCUUUCAAGAUACCACUUUUUAAAAUGCCCCAUUGUAAAUGUUGUGAGCCAAGGAUUGUUUUGCAAUAUUCAGAGCAGUGAAAAAUCCACGGGAUAGUGAUGUUCCAAUCUGCACACUUGUCAGGGAAGGGCCAUGGCCCGCUGGUAGAGCGCUGGCUGUGCAAGCAAAAGCUCCCUGGCAUAUCCUUGGGGGAUGGGAGGCACUCCUGUCUGAAAGCCUUGAGAUCCACUACCAAUCAGCAUGGAUGGUACUGAGCUAGCUGGACCAAUAAGGCUACUUCCUCUUUCCCAUGUUCUACAUCAGGUCAGUUCAUAUCAGGAAGAUGGAAUUUCUCCACCAUCCCUAAGAUACCUUGCCAUUAAAAACAAAGCAAAAAGGUCUUGAGGAACUCAGAUUGAGAUUACAGGGGGGGGGGGGAGCUGAGAGGAGGGAAUGUGUGUCGUCCCCCCAGUUUGCUUAACUUGUAGAAAUAACCCCCAAGCUAAGAGGGGUUCUGGUGGUUUUCAAUGGGAAAACAGUUUUGGAGUUAAGGUUAACCCUUUGCCUGCCAUAUUGCCCACUCUAGAUCCCCUCCCACUCUUAAUAGCUGCAGUUAAUGCUUUAACACGCAGGAGAUCCUGUCAUAGUGGGUUUUCUCCAAUUAACCACAUCAGUUGAGGUGUUCAGGAUAGCUUUAACUGGUUAAAUAAGCACCCGCUGAGGAAUCUGCGAAGGUUUAGUCCAGGCAUAGGCAAACUCAGCCCUCUGGAUGUUUUGGGACUACAACUCCCAUCAUCCCUAGCUAAUAGGACCAGUGGACAGGGAUGAUGGGAGUUGUAGUCCCAAAAAACAUCUGGAGGGCCAAGUUUGCCUAUGCCUGGUUUAGUCCAUAGGCCUAUUAAUUACACAGGCCUUAUACAGAGGCAUUUCCUCGCCUUAGCUUUAUACACACACAGAAAUCAAGUCACCUUCUCAGAGGGGAAGCAGGCCUCUGUUAUCAGAGCUGCCGAAUUCAGAGAGAAGAACAGGCUGCCUCCUGCACAAACAUUAUUGUCACAAAAUCCCCCUAUAAGGUAUUUAGGUAGAAAAACUAGCCAAAUAUAAUCAUGAUGAAUAAAUGAGAAAGAUGGACUCUAAUGAAAACCUCCUAGAUGGAAAAGAUGGCAACAGUUAUGAUACCUCCCAAAAAACUAUUCUUCUUAAAUCUUCCACUCAAAGUAGACCUAAGUAUAAUAAUGGCAUGCCCAAAACUAUGGACAGACUUCUGUCUGGGAGAAGAAAAAGCCUAGGGCAUCUGCUGAGACAUUAAGAAAUACAAUAAAAGAUGGAUAAUUGUCUUUCCCUUCAUAACUAAACUUCUGUUAACUGUUGCCAGAAGAUUUCUUUGUCAAAGUUGGGUAAUAAAAAAAAAGGAGAACAUCAUCCAUGAGAGAAUGGAUAACUAAAAUACGGGACGUAGUAUGUGUGGUUAAGCUUACAUGUAUGGUGAGAACUAGAGAGGGUAGACAACAAGGAAACAUCUUCAUUUUGAAACGGAGCCUUUUCAUAAUGUACUGGAGUGGAGUAAAAGGUACAGGAGAAUGCAAAUCCAUUUGUGUUACUUGGAACUUCGUGAUACUAAUUUAUUAUGUUUGAUUUUGGCGUGGCAAUCUUUUCCUUCAUGUUUAGCUUUAGAUACCACAUUUUACUCUACUUUUAUUUCAUUUUAUUCGCCAUCUGUUAUUAUAUUUUUUAUGUUUUGUUAUAUACACACACAAACAAAAACAAAACAAAACAAACAUUCCUGACACAUUCAUUAGACAGUCUGAGUGAGCAGAUUCUCCUAGCAGUAUCCUAUCCUUUCACACACUCUUUUUAUCCCACAUGUAGCCUGCCUAUCAUAGUAUAUAUUAUAAAUUCAUACUACACUAUUCACAGCUCUAUCUCAUCACAUCAGUUUGACCUAAAUGUAUAACCCGUGAUUAAUUGGCUCAGGUAAAGUGAAAGUAUUUGUUCAACCAUCUGGCAAUAGAUAUGCCAUCUUGAAAUUCUCAUUUUUCUAGGCAUGCCUGAAGUCACUUUUUAGACUUUGGCCUUGCCGUUUUGUGUGUCCCCAUUGAAGUAGCUAACUGGGACUCCCUGUGUGUUGUCUGGCCACUUCUUUAGGUGUGUACCUUGACAAAAGAAGACAAUCGUACCACUGGGAGGAUCCCUGAGGAUGAACAGCUGCAUGUCCUUCCACUGUAUAAAAUGUCCCCCACCGAUGAGUUUGGCAGCGAGGAGAAUCAAGCUGCCAAGGUGGGCACAGGGGCGAUCCAGGUUCUCACCUCCUUCCCCAGAGAGGUGAGGAAGCUUCCUGAGCCAGCCAAGUCUUGCAGGCAGAGGCAGCUGGAAGCCAGGAAGGCAGCUGCUGAGAAAAAGAAAAUGCAGAAGGAGAAGCUGAUUACACCUGAGAAAAUCAAGCAGGAGGUUUUUGAGAUGCCACCACUUCAGCAGGAUGCAGGUGAGGGCAACAGGGGUUGGGAGCUGAGAAGGCCACUUGUCUUGUGCGUUUGAUGUGCUAAUCUGGUUAGGUUUCUUACACAGCUGCUGUUGGGAUGCAGUCUGAUCAAUAGUUUUCAAAGUUUCUGCCCUUUGGGAAUGCUUUAUUAAUCAAUAUCUCUGCUGAGGCACUGCUAGGCACAAGCAAAGGAUUGUGGGACAUGUUCUUGGGUGACAAUCAGAUUAUUAGCUAGCCAUCUGGGCCUCACCAUUUUCCUGUGCAACCUGUGUACUCUCUAUCAGCUUUUCCCAGCUUGGGACCCUCCAGAAGUUUUGGACUGGCUGUGCUGGCUGGAGUUGAUUGGAGUUGUAGUUGAAAACAUCCAAAGGGCAUCAGAUCCGGGAAUGCUACUUUAGAACAAUAUUUUUUGAGUUAGUUGCAUGCCACCCGACUUACUCCAAAGGCACCACCAAUUGGAAAGCACGGCUCAAGAGCAGGGCAAACAAACACUUUCUGCACAACUUAAGAGGAAGAUUGGUAAUGGUAGAUGAGUCAUUCCUGGAAGAUUGCUGUCCUCAAUUACUAUUUUCAUUUGUAAAUUUCAUUUCUAUUCCACACUUCCUCCAAGCAGUUCAGGUCAAGCAUUCAUGGUUCUCUCCUCAUAAGAAAGAAUCCUGUAAGGAAGGUUAGGCUGAGAAACAGAGACUAGCUCAAGGCUUCCUCUAGAUUGAGUGGGUUUUUGAACUUGGGUCUCCUAGUCUAAUACUCUAGCCACUAUACCACAAUGACUUUCUCAUUCACAUUCUUGUUGAUGAAUCUCUAAAGCUGCCAGGAAAGCAGAGGAUUUCAUGGAACCUAGGUUGAUGAUGAAGAUGAUGAUAUUUGCAUAUUCAACAAAGAAAGAAAGAAAUUAAAUUAAAUUAAAGAAGGGGGGGAAACAAAAAAAUCAGCAUAAUCAUAAUAAUAUACUAAUAAUACCAAUAAUAGUAGACCAUCAUCCAUUCACAUUGUAGAUACAGUUACCAUCAGCACACAAAUCUUAAAAUGAGACAUAUAAGUUAAUACAAGCCAUCCAGUUGUCCAAGUAGGUAACCAUAUGAAAUUGAUGCCUAUAUGAAAUAUGUCUGAAUGUAGCCGGGACGGUAAGGUAAUUAUGUAAUAGACGGUGGGUGUUUAUCCUUCCGGGUUUGAGGUAUAAGCCUCUUAGGUUGUCUUAGUUUUGAAAUUAUCAGCAUUGAUAAUUAAUUAUGGUGCGAAUGACCACUGUUGGUUUGGGUGGUGAAAUCCUGUUCAGAAAGCUUAUCUUCAGUUCUGUGAGAAGCCCCAGGGCAAGAAGCGAACGGCAUGCUCCAUAAAAAUUCUGGAGCAUCACAACUUGCUCCUUUGUUUUUGUGGUGGGGACUGGAUUGUAGCACUGCUGCCAACAUCACAGGAUUUGUCAGGAGGAUUUUGCAAAGGAAAAUAAAUGGGGUUGGAAUGUGCUUUGCAGGAUGAUUUGAGAUUCCCUCGCCCAUACCCUGUCUGUGGGGGCAGAGAUAGAUCCAUGAUGUAUCUUAGACACUAGUAAUGUGUCUUAGGCAGUGCAGUCACACUAUGCAAAGGCCUUGCACAAGUCAAGUGCGCAAAGAGAGAGGAUUUCUAAGUUUUCCUGAAGGUGGUCAAAUUUUGCCACUUAGGAGGAUAGUGCAGACUAUCACAAUGUGCAUGUAGCCACUUGGUUAAGUUUCCCCCUCCUAAAUGGUGUUCUUAGACACUCAGGCAAGGGACAGAAAGUCUGCUAGCCAGAACACUGACCCAGAUCUUCAAAGGUCUUGUGCCAAAGAAGCAAUCCUGUUUCCGCAAGUUAACAUUGGUUCUUGUUUUGCAUCUGCAGAUACGGCUUUGAAAAGUGGACAUUCCCAGCGGUCAGUCAAACCUUCCAUCAAAGUGGAACCUCAGAACCACUACAACACUUUCAAAUACAAUGGGAACGCUGUCGUGGAAAGCUACUCGGUGCUGGGGAACUGCAGGCCCUCUGACCCCUACAGCAUGAACAGUGUUUACUCAUACCAUUCCUACUAUGCACAGCCUAACCUGCCUUCCAUGAAUGGGUUGCAUUCAAAGUUCUCUCUUCCAUCCUUUGGGUAUUAUGGAUUUUCCAGCAAUCACAUGUUUCACUCCCAGUUUUUGAAUUACGGUGACACAAGGAAUGCACCCUGGGCAGGCACCAGCUACGAGAAGAAGCCUGAUGUCCAAAUGUUGCAAAAUAACUUGAGCCAUGGUUACAAGAAUUCCGAACAGUUAGAUGAAAUCCCACCCACUGUACGAAACAAAAACCACCACCAGCGCACCUACGAGAGAUCCAGCAGGCAUUCAGGCAAGCCCACGGCUGUGCCCCAGAGGUGUAACUCUGUCCCUGCAGAAGCCCUGUCAUUUGCACAAAACACAAACUGCUUCAAUCACCGAACAAUCAAGCAAGAACCAAUGGACUCUUUGUCACACAUGGAGUCUUUUCAGAGAGCGGCUGCUAUUAAUGGCCAAAAUCCAAAUCUGAACCUAUCUGAUUUGUCCAUGUCAUCUCAGAAUGGAGGCCCAGAACAACAGUGGAGCCCUUACAAAGUCAACAGAAAUGAGUCCCCUUCGGACAGGACUAGUCAUGCUGAGAGCCCUUGGAACAUAUUUACACCCAGUGACAAUGCCGGCGUUCUCAACGCAAACACACAGAAUAAGUCCAGCUUGUUUGGUUCCCACUCAAAUGCUACCAGGUUACCACAGUCCCACCUCUUGGAAAAACAGUGGAAUAUGUUUCCUACAGAAGGACAGCCUUUGCCACCUGGCCCUGAUGUGCUGGGGAAAUCAUGGAGCCCUUGCAAAGUCAACGAGAACUCUUCAGCCUUUUCAGUGAAUUCAAACCUUCAGGAGAAGCCCUGGAACUUGGGGCAGCUGAAUUUUGGUUCCAUCAAGGGAAACUCCAGACUUCAAGAUGAACUUUGGGGUUCUGUCAAAGCAGAUGACAGGAGGACUCCUACACCGGGCACAGGAUUACCCAGCAGACCAUGGGCUUCCUUUGGCUCAUUGCCCUCUGUGGCAUCAGGUGUGUGUGGGGAGAAGCCAUUCCCUUCCUUGAAAGCCGAUGGUGGUACAAUGCUUCUGGAUGCUGGCCAGGAAGAAAGGCCAUGGGACUCAUUCAGCUUAGAUGACAGCAUGGAAGAGACACCCGAAAAGAACAUCAAGGAGGAAGAAGAGGAGGAGGAUGAAGAGGUGUGGUCAGACAGUGAACACAACUUUCUGGAUGAGAACAUUGGCGGGGUGGCAGUGGCUCCGGCCCACGGCUCCAUCCUCAUAGAGUGUGCAAGGCGAGAGCUACAUGCCACCACCCCGCUGAAGAAGCCCAACCGGUGCCACCCCACACGCAUCUCCCUGGUCUUCUACCAGCACAAGAACUUAAACCAGCCCAAUCAUGGACUUGCCCUCUGGGAAGCAAAGAUGAAACAGCUGGCAGAGAGAGCCCGGGCGAGGCAGGAGGAGGCAGCUAGGCUUGGGCUCCAGCAGGACAUCAAAGCCUUUGGCAAGAAGCGGAAAUGGGGAGGCAGCUUGGCCACUGAGCCCCAGCAGAAGGAGAAGACAGACACUGUCCCAACCCGGCAGGCCCUGGCCAUCCCAACAAACUCAGCUAUCACUGUGUCCUCCUAUGCCUACACCAAGGUAACUGGGCCGUACAGUCGCUGGAUUUGAGCAGAGAGCAGCUGGCAUGGGGCCACUUUACCUCAAAGUCUGCAGCACUGGAACACAGUGCUGGUUUGUGGUGCUUUUUCCUUCGUGUGUCGGAGAGAAAUACGACGCCAGGCCAAGUGUGACAUUUCCAGUAUAUUAUCUGCACUUGGGAGUUGAGCUGAAGAAACUUAUUGCUGUUAACAUUUUUCAGUAAUCUAAAAAUAUUUAUAUCUGUGCAUUUUUAAUCUGUACAUCAUGAUAAUGGCAAGAGAAAUUUGUAGUGUCCUUUCGCGAAGGAGAGCUUUUUAAUUCCAUUCCAAAUACACAUGUGUAUAUUGGAUUUUUAACAGAAAUUAUUACAACUCUGAAGGGGAUUAUGUGACAUAGAAGCAAAAUUUAAAACUCAGCUGCACCCUAAGCCAAUAAGAAUCUGCACCAUCCAUCACAUCCAGGUGGGGUAGAAAUCUCACUUUAGAGACCUCCCAGAAACCAAGACUUACAAUUAAAGUAAUUGUAUAAUUUGCUGUGUGAUGGUUUCUUAGAGAUUUAGUAGAUCUCUUCCAGGAAGGAAAAAGUUUGGUGGAAGAAUUAAGUAGAGAAGACAAGAGACUACAAAUAGGCAACAGUUUCCACCUCAUUGGUUUUGAACAGAGCAUAAAAUUUUGUGUGACACUUCUCUUAACUUGGGAGGGGCCCCCAACAGAAUAGAUGAAUUCACACAGUGGGGAAGCUGUAAAAAGGUGACCCAAUUUGCCUGUUUCAAUCCUCAAGACAACUAAGUCUGCCUAGAGCAUCUCAGGGGAGUACCAGUCCUCUGGCAUGAGUGCAGCUGGCACACGUUGCUGUCUGUGUAAAAAUUAUGUUGUGUAAACCACUGCAAAGUCAGGUUUGCUGUGAGCUUGUGGCCUAACUUUAACCAGUUUCAGAGGAGGUGGAAAUGAAAAGAAUGAAGAUAAAGAUAUUAUUUCUGCCACUGCAUGUGGUUACGUUUUUAUUUAAAGGCAAGUUCUUGAAUGAAGUUCUUUUGCCAAGGCAAGAGGCAGUGGCUGUGCAGCCUGUGUAAAAUUAAGCUAGUUUAACUUCUCCAUUAACUGUUUUGGCAUAAAUAUCUUACCCAGUUAAAUUCAUGAAGGAAGGAACUGAGAAAAGGAGAGAUUUAAGGAGAAGAGGUGGAAGGGGAGGUGGGGAGGACUGGGUAGAAGAAAAGCAUCAUAAAACAAUAUUUGGAAGGUGCUGUGUUUGCCCAGGAGGUGACCUUUUGAUUUUCAUGUCUCUCACUCUGUGGGACUCACAGAAUAGCACUUAGCAAUGUUUCGGUUCUUGCCAAAUUUAUCAUACAGUGUAACCAUCCACACUUAAUUUUUUCGUAGGCUAGGCCUGACCAUUUCGAACUGAUGUUCGCCUCACUUUUGAAUCUUUUAUUCUGUAGUGGUAAAAGAAAAGCCACUCUGGAAACAAAAGAAUCUCGGGCUGAGCUCCUGUAUCUUUAAGAAACCAUCAUGGCAAACCUCUUUUUAUCAUAUCUGGUGCAGAGUCCAAUGAAAAGGAAGGACACAAUAGAUCUCCUUUGUACUGUGUUUUCAAAAGGUGCAUGCUUACCAAAUGAAAAUGUCCACACACACCAACCUUUACACGUGGACAUUUUCAAAUGCAAAAAUGAAAUUGGCUUAUUGUAAGUUUUAUUUUCUUUUUCUUGUGCCAUUUUUAAAAGAGGAAAUAUCAACGUUAUGUGAUAACUGAUUACUGCAAAACAGCUGGUGCUUUUAAAACUUUGAAUCACAACUUUUUAAGGUUAACCUCCCUUUCCCCAUCAGUAAUGCAAGUUGUCUUAAGAAUAGCUGAUUCACGUAAGUGGCUACACUCUCUGAAGCCAGGCCUCCCCUCGACAGAAGCAUUGUGUUGCUAAAAUGAUAGGAAAUCUUCCCUAAAUUAGGAUGAAAUUCACUCUAAUUCAGAACCCUUGUACUAUUUAAACUACACCAAAAAGUUUACUUAUAUCAGGGUUGGUUGUUGUUGUUGUUUUUAUUUAAAAAAUCUUAAUAGGACAGGGCUCAAGGACAGAAGGGUUGUGUAAGAGGAAGUUUGUGUCUGUGGUUCUUUUCCAUAUUGUGUGAAUUUCAUCCUUUGCUGGGAAAAUGUUAAUGAUGAAGUCCCUGCUGGGCUUUAGGUGCUCUCACUAAAUUUGCUCAGAAAAUCUCCAUGAACUUCCAUUGGAAUUGGGGGUAGAACCUUCCAGCCGUGAGGGAGUACCUUCAGAGCGUCUCCUCAAAGUGGGUGCCAUCUUCAGAUUGGGUGGCGGCAACUCUUUUGGCAAUGGGUGCAAGAGUAUUUUGCUGCCUUAUACUACGGGUCUUUCUGUAGAAAAAACGGGAGGUCUGACUCCUUCAGCAGAGUAGGUCCCCUAUGGCUUUGAUAAGCCUGUGCAUGCGAUUUCUCAACACUGCAGAAGGCCAGAAGAUCAAACACGUUCGAGAUCUGAAACUGAUUAUUCCUUGGCCACCUCCUUCUGCACUUAACAGGUGCCUUUUGAGAAAGAAAAAUGGCUUGCAAAUUAAAACCUGUACAUAGCAUUUUGUUUACUAGGGAACCUUCUCAAUCCUCACGCGCUGGAACAGGAAAAAAAACUAAACAAAACCAGGAUCUCUAUACAGCAUCCUGAGUGUUUUAUGUGGUUCUGAUUUUAAACUGUAAAUAGAGAAAGAUUUUUUUAAAAAAGCACUUUCACCAAGAUUUAAAAGAAAAAAAAUUACCCAAUAACUUGAAGAGCAGUAUGUUUUAAAACAGAUUAUUGCGGGAGAAAUGUAAAUAGAAACAAAAUAUUUAACAUGCUUUUCCGUCCUUUUUUUGUUUUUACUGUAUUCUGUAAAGAUGCUUUUUUUUUUUUUUUGGCAAGGGGAAAAUCAAUGAAUGAUAAUUGAUUUCAUAUGCAUACCCAUGAGCGUAUCGUGCUUGUUAAGAAUUGUUCCAAGUCAGAUUUAUAGGAAAUGUUCUGAAUGUCAUAGGAUGAUAGUGAUGUCGUCCCAUUCAAGGCCUGAUCCUCCACGUCUGUAAAUCAGCCAUUGAUUUCAGUGGAGCUGCUCUGAAGGCCAUUCUACAUGUUUGUCGAAUCAUGGACUAGUAGGCCUGCCUCGAUUAUACCACUUCAGGCUUCAGGUGGGAAAAUCACAUUUCUUUAAAGAUUCACAUGGUCCCUCACCCCAUAAACAACUACACGAAGUGGAACAGCUUUCUCUCUGUUAUUUUAGAUUUCUGCAUGCAGGGAGGGUUGUUUAUUUCUAUUUAAUGUUGAGGCGUCUGCUAUCUGAAGUCUGAUGUGGUCCAAAUCCGGGAGUUCUCUGCAUAAGCAUGUAGCUCCAGCCCUCAGUUAAAUCACCACAUAUUCUAUCUUCUCAGGCUUUUUAGGCCAAUGGCUACUUGCUGUUGACUGAUGUAGGAUGGAUCCGUUAGCCGGCUGUAGUUGGGGGAAAGCGUUGGACUUGUAUCUCUUUCCAAAAACACUUUAGUUUGGUUUUUUUGUUUCUGUAAUAUCCUUGUUAACGUCUCAUUUGACUUUCCUAUUUUAAAGGUGUUGCAGGGGUGCCUUGGAAGCUUCAUUUGCAUGACUUUGGGGAGCAAGAAAUUGUAAUAUAUGUGGGAAGGGAGGUGUUUCGUUUGGAGGGAUGUCGCUGUGCAUCUGACCUGUUGAAAUCCUAUUGUGUGUUCAGCUUCCUUUUAGGGAUUUUCCUGAGCUGUCUGAUCAUGGCAUAAUGUGGCUCUGGAGCUGUAACUUUCUGACCUAGCAAUGGUGCCCUUAAGAUCUCUGGAUGAGGGAAAUACCUUUUUGUAGAGGCAAGUUUAAAGAACAGGAGCUGUCUUGGGAGUCAGAAGGUGGCAACGCAGGAAGACCCAUGAAUUAUUCCCAAUUUGCCUGUGUCCAUUUCCACUGUUUUUUUCACAAUAGGAAUAGAGAAAAGGAGAAAAACAAAUUGGCAGGGCAAGUCCUUUAUUUGUCUCACACAAAUAAUCCAAAAGACCAAAUGGUGCUUUCCCUUCACACUGACGCAAGUCCAGAGUGAAUAAAACUGGAAUAAUUUUUCCCUAUUGAAAUUGUGUGUCUAAGGCAAAAUUCUCAUUUGCUUCAUCUUAGAUGGGUUUCUCUAAGACUUUUGGACUGAGAUUCUCUCUCUUUUUAAAAAAAGAAAUCUGGCUCUCCAAACCCAUUGUGCCAGGUGUUUGCCAGUAUAAUUGGUUGAUCCUGGUGCAGAUAGGAGGCAAUCCACAUGCUAUUUGAUUCUGGCAAUGGCAGUAUUAAAUCUAUAGCAGCAUUAUGUGAAUGCCACCAUAAUUUUCUGCAGCACAUACGUUAUAUGCACACUUUAAAACAAGGCUGCUAGAAGUAAAGGCAAAACUCCUGACUCUCAAAAUCCUGAAUAAAUUGAUGUACUUAGUAUAUUUACGAGUAGGGUGCAAUCUGAGGUUGUUUCUCACUACGUAUAUAACCUACCUCGAAUCUCAGUUGUUGGGAAAAGUUACCAUGCCUCAGAUUUAUGAAUAGAACUGUGCACAGAUUAUCUACUCCUGCUUUAAAAAAGAAAAAAAGAAUUAUUUUAUUUGGCAGUCAUCUUUUUGCUUACACAUGGACAAUUACAGCUCCUGUUGUGGUCAGGGUCAUUUAGAAAAGUAAAUGGAAACAGAUAUGUAUUUAUUUACAAAGGUGCUUGUAAAAGGUGUCUUAAGGGCACCACCUUGGCCCGACCAUACUGAAGCCAAUGGGGUAGUGCUAAAAAAUGAUUACACUUCUCAGUCAUAGGAAGUUGGAUGUGCCAUUAUGGCAGGUCUCCCUCAAUCUGCAGCAACAUUUGUGAGCUUAAUUAUGCUGUUUGUUGCAUAGAGCAGCCUUCCCUAGUCUGGUGCCCUUGAAGGACUCAUCAACCCCAGCCAGCACAGUCCAUGGUCAUAGGUGAUGGGAGUCAGAGUUCAGCAACAUUUGGAGAGCACGAAACUAAGGCUGCCUUAGCUCGUACAUCUCUAUAGGCCCACUGAACAUCCUAUUAUGAGGUGCGGGAAGCCAAGACCACCGGGGCCUUGAGCAUCAUGUUGGCCUUUUCAGAAAUCAUGAAUCCUGACUGCAGCCCUUGUCAAAGGCCAAGCAACUUCUGCAGGCGGUAGUGAGAAAUUUCUUUGAAAUGUAUUUUUUGGGGGUAGUGAUGUGAAACAAGUUGACAGCAACUAACCCUCAAUCAUAAUAGCUGAUGGUGCUAAAAUUACAAACAAAACUGUAAUCCCUGGGGAAAAAAUCUUCAAAAAGGGAGUCAGUGGUGCUCCAGCUGAAGUUAUUAGCAAACUCCCCUUAAACUUCUCUGGGAGGAAAUUUGGGUCGGUUAAGGUCCCUUCUUUAAGUGGAUUCUUAUUUCCUCUGUAUGCUUUGCUGAGCUACUGGGCCACCGUGAGUGUCAUCUGUUUAAAAAUAUUUCCUUUGGGGCGCUUACUCUUCUGGGUCAAUCAAGAGCUCAAGCAGAUCAUGGUAAAUAAUUAUUUAUGAAGGAAAAAAAUGCAUGGAGCAAACAGUAUAGAAGGCAAAAGAACAAUUCUGCGUACAGGGGGUCCAGUUUGGGAAGGUGACAAAAGGGCUCAUUGCUUGUGAACUUGCUAUGAACUUGUGUGUGUGUGUAAGAGGAAUGUUGUGUUGCUGUCUCUGGUUAGCAGACAGUUGAGGAGCUGCAUCAGUGAGACACAAGGUUAUCCCAAUAUAUCAGUAGAGUUAGAGAGCUCCCUUCUUUCUAUUUAUCAUAGGUUGUAACUGUGUCCCAUAGAAAGGCAAAGAGAGAGAAAAAUGAGCAAAGAAGCCCCGAGUUGCUUCAGCUGAUGCAAUGUCUGCACUGUAGGCUAAAGACAUAAUUUUUAAUAACCGAAAUCUUCUGAUGAAAUGGUGCUAUCUUGGUGGGUUUGUUUUCAAAAAGGGUGUUUGGGCUUGUUUGUUUUCUGCCAGAUUCCAUCUUGCUAUGGUGCUACAGUAUAUGUCAAACCAGAGAACUGUACAAUUAACUGAUAAUAGAAAGUUUCAAUGUUUUAAAUACAUGUUAUUUUUAAAGUCUAUGCUCUGAGUCUAAAAUUUACAGCUACAUAAUUUUUAGCUCAUUUACAUGUGUGUAGAUCCAGCAGAGGUUACUUUGGUAUAAAUGACAACUGUCCACAUCCUAGGGCUCGAUCCUAAGCUGAUAAAAAUGGAGCAGCACAGCUCAGGAUCAGAUGCUGAGAGUUAUCUUUUUACUCAUUCAAGUAGUCCUACUUCGCUCGAUGGAAUCAGGUGCUGGCAAAACUACCACCAGUGAAAAGGGCUUCUGGGAUCAAGCUCAAAGGAAGUUUAACUAUGAAUAAGUAAAAUUUAAAAUGCUUUCCUUAAGCAGCUGGAAAAUAAGGUACUACAAACUACUUUGAGAUAACACUUGUGCCAGUUUAUCAAGUGUGCCUGGUGCAGGAAUAUGUAACAUUCUGUAUUGGUAAUUAUUAUGCAAAAACAAUGGGUGCUGAAAUGAAAGUUUUGAGGUCACUCCAAGACAGAGCAGCUAUUUAUAAAGCAAUGUAGUUGCGUCUUCUCCAGCUUCCUUGCUUGCUUGCUUUUAUAGUUAACAGCAAAAAGUUAUGACUUAGUCCUGCAUUCCUUAACCAAGGAAAAAUCCUCCUUGGACCACAUCUGCAUCUCAGUGUAAACAGGUUUAUUCUAUAGAUGUUAAUAUUGAAAACGGACCCAACCUGUUAAAGGUUCAUAGUGGAGAAGGGAACCAGGGUCUGGCCGCACAUGGAUUUGCUACCCUUUAGUCUAAAAUGCCUGCUUCAUUCUGCUACUUUAGGAUGGCUUUUUCUUUGUAUAUUGCUAUUUGUGAGUAGUUGUGUCUGAAAGUUUUACAAGAUACCUUUUUGGUGCUAUUUAUUUUCUCUCUCACUCGUUGUCUUUCACUUUUUCUCUCUCUUUUGUUCACAAGACUUGUUUUAAAUGUGUACAGAAGCCAGGUUUUCAUCAUAUAAUAAGCUUGCUGUUAUCACAAUACAUACAAAAAAUACCUCAGAAACAGAGUAUUGUGGCAACCUGUGAUUCAGUUAUAGCUAAUGGGAUUGAUACAAAUAUUAGAAACAAGGUGUGUAUUUUAUUACGUCAACACUGUACUUGACAUCCUAUAAACUGUAUGGCCUUUGUUGUUCUAUUCUUGGGCAAGUUCUCACUUUCAAAAUAAUGAAACAUAAUGAGGAAUCAGUGUACAGAACUAAUAAAAAGGUGAACUGGGAGAGUGGUGCUUUCAUUUCAGUAAACAGUAGAUUUUACUGAAGUACCUCAGAACAGCGUAUGGCCCACAUGGGAAAGCAUUUUUAGAAAUAAGAUCUUAAGCAGCUAUAUUAUCAGUAAUCAAAUAAUAGUUUCUGCACGUUUGGUUAAAAAAAAUCUGCCCCAAUAGAAUGUUCUCAAACUCUUUUUGCUGCAGAAUUUGCAAAGGUUUCCAAUGAUAUUUUGAUUUGGGAACAGCAAAAUCCUGACUUGAUUCAUCACCCCCCGCCAGCAAAAAGUGCAUUAUUUUUUCAAAUAUGCCAUCCAGUUGGAUUACUCCACUAAGUAGUUUUGAAAAUGCAGAAAUAACAACUCUGGGUGGACUAAGAAACAGAUUCCAGGGGCAAAGAUGAAAUGUUGGUGCUAGAUUGGGACAGAUGGCAUAUUGCUCUUAGCGCCAUACCACUUCAUGGACAGUAUGUGACUUGUUUUUCCAGACAGCAAAUUAUAAAUCUUACGGUAACUAGCAAAGAGCAACAUUCCUGUAUUCUCUUAGGAAGGCAGUUCUCUGUGGAAUGCAACAAGAGUCUUGCCUGCAUUAAGAAUAUUUCAUGGUCAAGAUGUGAAUUGUUGUUUCUCUUUUUUGCCUAAGAAUAGUAAAGCAAAUUGGCCAGUUUUGUCUUCUGCUCCAAUAUCAGGGAUAUAUUUUACAAGUGGUUUUUGUUUGCCAUCCUUUUCCUCCUUUUUUGACACCUGUUGUUUAGAGUUUACUCACUGCUGUUCAAUCUUUGGAAAACGUCUGCUGUCCAGCUGGCUUUUGGCUUUUGAUUUUCUUUUUGCGUGUAAAACUAAUUAAAAAGGUAUAAAGCUGACUUCUAAAUACUUUUUUUUUUUUAAUUUAAGAGAAAUGAGGAAAAGAAACAGGUUGGAUUUGGCAGACUAAUUCAGUUUAGUUAACCGAAGGCUGUAACUUCUCAACGUAUUUGAUUUCUUGUCUCUUUGAAUUCACAUUUGGUAAACGAGGCCUCCAGUGGAGGCCACCUUGUGGACCACACUUGAAGAUUUCUUUGUUGAUUUGUGACUUGAAAUGAAGUUUAUCUGGGGUUGGUUGACAAAUGGUAGAUUUUACAAUGUCUCAAGGCAAUAGGACUUGUGUAUUAAACUGUAGAUAUCCUUAGUAUGGUAAAUUUAUGCUGAUAAUUUUAUUUUGUAUAAUUUCCCCCUCUUGUCUGUAUUUUUUUUUUCCUUUCACACUUCUCCCUUCAGUGUCUCUGAAAAUUUAUUUUUAGGAUGCCUAAAAAUUGCAAAUAUGGACCCUUCUUUUUUUUAAUUUGUAUUUUAUUAUGUUACACAACCAACUGGUUUGUGAAAUGUAUUAUUCCCGAUAUCUUUAAACUAUUGUGGGUGUUUUAAUAAAUUUUAUAUUUAUUUUUUGCACUCAAA